AUGACGCCUCCGUGGGUGCGUUAUUUGUGGGGGAGAUGUGUGGGGAAGGGCAGGGGGAAACUGAGGGAGGCGGGGGGGGGGCGUGACGCGCGACCGCGAAUGUGGGAAUGAGUAGACACGUGUCACUACCUAUGCAACUAUGUCGCUGUAUAGGGGGAAGGGGGCGUGUACGGGCUUGUGUGUGUCUGCGUGCGUUACCCUUCCUUCCCAGGUAUCUGACCUUAAGGGAAAGAGUAAAAAGGGGACGACGACGACAGGACAACCGUAUUGGUUUGGGGGGGCAUGGUGGGCGGGGAUAUAUUUUUUGGGGGGUGGCGAGUAAAGGUGGGUAGGACUUAUUAGUUUGGGGGCCACAGUGGGAGGGGCUGUUUGAAAGGGGGAGGGGAGUAAAGGGGAUCAGGGUUUUUUGGGGGGAGGGGUGGCAUGGUGGUGGUGGGGGGGUUGCCCAGUUUUGCUGAAUUUAUAUUGGGCUCAUAGCAGCCAACGUCUUUUUCUGAGGAGGCUUGUUGUGUUCACUGUGAGCUUAGUGGGUAUAUUUUGUGGUUUAUUCACAGGGCUAUUUUUCUAGGUGGGGGGAAAGGGGUGCUGGAACUCCUUGGGAACACCUCUGUCGUUCUCUUAAGAAUGGCAGUGGUGCCCACCUGAGAGGUGCCAGGGCUGAGUUCUGGUUGCAAAAAAAGGAAAAGAAGCCCUGGUAUGCAUGUCCCUCAGAAAGCCAAAGAAGUGAUUGGUAACACUUUUAUUUUUCUCUUCCUCCCUUCUACCAGAAUUGGCCAUCAAAAUGGUUGGCAUGGAUAUUCAAGUACAGUGGUACCUCGGGUUACAUACGCUUCAGGUUACGGACUUCUGCUAACCCAGAAAUAUUACCUCAGGUUAAGAACUUUGCUUCAGGACGAGAACAGAAAUUGGCACGGCAGCAGCAGGAGUGGUGCUUCAGGUUAAGAACAGUUUCAGAUUAAGAACGGGCCUCCGGAACGAAUUAAGUACUUAACCCGAGGUACCACUGUAGUACGAAAGGCUUCCCCUAGGCAGCAACCUGAAGGCCACGUGUGCACCUUCAAAUUGCCUGAUGCAACUGAUGCUUCUCUAAGGCUUUUAUUUUGCCCCCUAUGCCUUCCUCCCGCCUGCUGUGCAGCACAUCUUGCUACAACACAGAGGGGAAGAGGGUUGGAGAAAUUGCAACUGUUCUUUUCUGUUGUUAAAAUAAUGGGUGGGUGUGUUUGAAGGUAAGCUGCAGAUCUCCAGAUGAGAAGCCUGUACCUGCUGGUUUCUGCCUGUGCAGUUGUUAAAAGCAUAGGUGCAGUAGGAGUAAAAAUGUUUUCCCAAAAUGUUGAAUAUUCAUGCAGAAGCUCCUAGGUUGGAGAGUGUAGCUUCCAACUUCAUCUGGUGGAAUACUACCCUUUUUGCAAUGUUGGGAACUGCAAGUUCAGUAGUAUGUACUGAACCUUUGGAAAAAUUAGAACAUCUGUAUGUAUUAGGGGAAAAAACAUGCCAUUGUGGUAUGAGAGAUAGUGGCUAAGAGAAUGAGAUCUAGGAGGCUGCAGUUCAAAUCUCACUUCAGCUGUGAACUGAGCUGGGGGGGGGGCUUAAGAUAUGCUACCUUCUCUGGACCUUAGUCUUCAUAUCUGUAAUAUGGGGAUAACAACACUGGGCUAGAUGUCUUGCAAGGGCCUACUAAGAUAAUAUACUCAAAAUGAGCUUGGCGUUUAGCAAACAAAUACCUGAAUCAAGAAUGGAGAACCUCAGGAUUCUCAACUCAACAUCAUGUGUGGUUGGGGACGAAGAGAGUCUAGGAGCAUUGGGCAGGAUGCAGGUUGCCUACCCCUGAUCUAAACUUAACGAUUGUCUAAUGUGCUUUAUGUUUUGGGGUGGAAACUCUGUAUUCAUUUUCUUUGAUAGAAAAAUAGGAUGCAAAAGAGCUUAGGGCAGCUUUUGUGUGUUUACCAGCUGGUCCUGUGUGCAGUCAUCUGCUUUGGUUUGUGGAUGUGGAGAUGUUCUCUUUCAUUCAGUAUAGAGCAGGUACACCUGCUUUCAUCUGAGUACUCUUGGAGGGCAUUUGCAUGAGUGGCAUCUCUCAUCCACUCAUACAUAAAUAUUCCCCCUGCCUUUUGUAUUCAACCACCACGCUUUUGCUCUUAGGUUGGUCCCCCAAGACUAGGUGACCAGAUAGUGGUUUUUGGCCCUGCACAAUUCGCCCUAAAUCCAAAGUGUGGUUCCUUGUUCUUUAGUCUCUGUUAAGUUAAACAACUGACAAAUGUUCCCUGGUACAGCUCUGCAUAAAGCUUAACCAUGUUCUCCGUUUCCUCAUAGAAACCUGGGUGCCUUUGGGACUCCGAGAUGAUAAUUCAUUCUCUGGUGACUCUAUGAUUUCAUUGUUUCCAUUAGGGUAUGAACCGAUGCAGCACUGGCAACUACCAGAAUGAAGAACAAGCGGUUUCUUUUCCAGCGUACAAAGCUUUGCAUGUAAGCGUAAUCUCUUACCAGGCCGAGGCAAAAUUUGAACUGGAGACUUCCUGGCCUGCACUGUCUGCCACUAUGCUGCACCAGCUGUUCAGACAGCCAAUCCCUAUAUCACCACAGUAGUAGGUGUGGUCAAGUGCCUGUAACCAACAUACUUAAAUCUGCAGUAAUGGAAUAUUAAUAAGGAAUUUUGUUUCUGCCAGCAUAGUAAGGUGUGGAUUUUUCAUUGCACUAGUUCUGCCUUCUGUGGUGGCUGGAGCUGAUGGGAGUUGUAGUCCAAAGGAUCUGGUGGGUGCCAUGUUGGGGAAUGCUGCGCCAGUGCAACUAAUAGUUUCCUUGUAAAUAUGCAGAUGUGGUAUUUUUAAGCAGGCACCCUUAGUAAGGUAAAGGUAAAGGGACCCCUGACCAUUAGGUCCAGUUGUGACCGACUCUGGGGGUGCGACGCUCAUCUCACUUUAUUGGCUGAGAGAGCCGGCGUACAGCCAGCCGGUGGCCAGCAUGACUAAGCCACUUCUGGCGAACCAGAGCAGCGCACGGAAAUGCCAUUUACCUUCCCGCCGGAGUGGUACCUAUUUAUCUACUUGCACUUUAACGUGCUUUUGAACUGCUAGGUUGGCAGGAGCAUGGACCGAGCAAUGGGAGCUCACCCCGUCACGGGGAUUUGAACUGCCGACCUUCUGACUGGCAAGUCCUAGGCUCUGUGGUUUAACCCACAGCGCCACCCACGUCCCUUGCACCCUUAGUAGUUCUUGGGAAUUUUAAUGGAACGUAGAGUAGGAGGCAGCUUAGAUCAGCCUAUUUCUAUAGGAGGCAGACAGCUAUUGCUCCUUGUGGUCAGUCGUACCUUCCCCAAAACCUUGAAGGGAAGCCUCUUAUAAAGCACCUGCAGCCUUUGAAAUGGCAAAAACAUGGAUGAAUUGAUACACAACUGCACUGUUCACAACGUCUAUAGCGCUUUUCAAUGUAAAGUCCUUUGCAAUAAUAAAGAAAAGUAACCCAGCUUUCCAUCCGUUGGUACUUACAAGACAACUUAGCAGCAGUAUAGCAUGAUGCUGCUGAAAAAAGCCACAUUAUAAAGAUUACUGCUGUGAUCACAGCCAAAGACAGCCAAAUGAUUAUCUGGUGUCCUCUGAAAUAGUUUCCUGUCACCUGAACCCUAUUAAUGAGGUAGCCGUGUAUGUCUGUCUAGGAUGAGAGUUCCACAAUUUAGGUGCUACCAUUGAAAAGGCCCUGUCUCAUGGAACAGCAUAAUCUUACAUUUCAUGUGACGGGGAGACGGAUGUAUGAUCUAAGUGAGUGGAUAGAAUCAUGGGAGAAGCUGUCCCAGCCCCAAACCACUUAGGACUUUAAAGGUCAAAAUCAGCGCUGUGCAUUGGGCGUAAAUGCCUACCAGACACCGGUGCAGUUGACAUAAAACUGAAAUACUACACUUUAUGUGGGUGGCUCCAGUUAACACUCUUGCUCCCACAGUCUGAACCAGUUGCUAUUUCUAAACACUUUCCAAAGGCAGCCGCAUGUGCAGUAGUCUCGUCUGAAUUAAUGUUAUUAGGGUAUGAGUGAGAGCAGCCAGAGCUAUAUCACAGCAACACUUUUGGGGGCAGUUCAGUCUAAGAAAUAGUGGUUGGAGUCCUCAUUCUCCCACCCAGCCCAGUUAGCUCUUCCAUGCUAGUAUGAUUUCUUAGCUGCUUCCGCCAUUGCUUAAUUGUCUGCAUGGAAAUCGGCGGACAGGAUGGCACCAAUUCCAAAGCUGACUUUAAAUUGAAGCUGGCGGUAGCAGUUUGCCAAGUAGCCCCGAUCUCAGCCCAAAGGCAUUCAGAUGCAUUAGCCUUGACAAUAUUUUGCAGAAGUCCAUCAACAGGUUAAUGUGGCAUUUUACAUUCUGAUGACUUCUCCCUCUUUCAGAUUUCUGCCUUGAAGCAGAAUGGACUCUUGCAGUCUCUGUCAGCAACACCCAACGGAUGCAGAGAAGCAGGUAUGGUUCCAGUUAGCUGAAUGUUCCGCUGUGAGUUCUGUUUCUUUUCUGAUGAAAUGGCACACCGACGGAGCUAUAGUCAUCAUCCUGUCAGCAACUGGGUCAUAUACCUUUGAUCCCACUGAGAAGAUUGUUUUAAUUCUUCGGGUGAGCUUAACCAAACCAUCCUUUGCUAAUUUAGCUCCUGUGUUAGGAAUCUGAUGCUCUUAAACAAUAUUUUAAUCCUGGAUGCUAUUUUGACUGGAGUGCGGGCAGGGUUAUGGGCAUCAUUGUAUUAUUAUUAUUAUUAUUAUUAUUAUUAUUAUUGGUAUUUUAUUGUAAGCUGUCAUAAGGCAUUGUGGAGAGGGGGAAUCCAAAAUUUCAAAGUAAGUGUUGCCCUUGAGUGAAACCUAGUGAAUGUUACUGUUGGAAUGUUACUGCCUCUGAACGACAGUUUCCGGGAAUUGUUACUGGGGAGAGGCCUGUAGGAAUUUGGUCCUGUUUGUGGGACUCUUACAUGCUUUCGGUUAGCCACUGUGGGUACAGGAUGCUGGACUCGAUGGGCGUAAUCCAGCAGGUCUCUUUUUAUGUUAUUAUUAUUUAAUGAGAAGUUGUGUAAUUACAGCUUUUGCUCAUAACAGAUAAGUCAAACAACUUGUUUGCUGUGAGUACAAAGCCUUCAUGAUAGUAAUGGAGAGCAGUCACCAUUGGCUGUGGGUGGGUGUGUUUGUGUCCACUGAAAUACCCGUGUUUCAGAGUUUGAUUUACAUAAGAUCGAAAACACAGCCUCUGCAGCUUACAGUCUGAAAGACACAACUACGAAAAUGAGAGAUGGAGAGGUGAGGAAGCCACAAAUUCAGGCACCAGUUCUUAAAGUUACAAAUGACUAGCUUGAAUGGGAACAGCUGUGGAAAAGUGGCAGCUGAAUGGAACUGGUCUUCCAGAUCCAACGGCAUGGACCCCAUUUCCCAUCUCUCCCUCUGUUGCUGCCUGAUGGAAUGGAAUGGCUGCCCAGUGGAGCUGCCCUCUUGGCCAAGUCACUGGAGUUGGUCCUUGCUUCUCAUCUCUUCCUCUCAGUGGCAUAGCAUGGGUUGCUAGAACCUGAGGCAGUGCAAGUGUUGUGCCUCCCUGGUGGACUGGGCAGCAGGGGGGCACGUAGAGCCCACACAGAGGGGGAAGGGAGCCUGUCUUCAACAGGAUUCUCACCCGCUGCCUCUGUUCACCUGCCCACUAGACCAACCCACCUGCCGCUGUGCCUCAGAAGCCGGAGCUCUGUACCUGUCAUGGAGGAAAGACAUUAGCUGCUAUCCAGUGCAAGCAGAUUGCCUUAGGAACAUAAGGAAGUGUCUUAUACAAAGUCUGACCAUUGAUCCAUCUAGUUCAUUAUUGUCUACACUGACUGACAGCAGCUCAGUCAAGGUUUCAGAUGGGGGGUCUUUUCCAGCCCUCUCUGCAUAUGCCAGGGAUUAAACCGGGGAUCUUCUGCACUGAGCUGUGGCCUUUUCCUUGGCUUGUGGCACAAAAUAGUCAAAAUUUAUUGUCAGUCAAGGCAAGGGCUAAUUUUUUAAAAAAACAGGAGCUGCUUUUCACCUUAAAAAUGCUCUUUUGGAAGUGGUUCCAUAGUUGACAUGGUUCCAUGAUGUUUUGUCUCAUCUCUCUCUUUCUCUUUGUUGCUAGAUAUUAGUGAGGAGGUUCUGCGAGCCCGAGAAGAAUGGGACAGUGUGGCAAACAUCCAUUCGGAAGGUAUGAAAGCAACGGCAAUAACAUUUCCUUCUAUUGGGACCAGUUAAACAUGGCAAUAGAUUAAUUUAGAUGACUGUAAGAAAAGCAAGUGCUGGAGGUACUGUCAAAGAGCAGGAAACAUGUCUAAGAAUAGUAUGUGGUGGGUGUGAAAAUGUUGGAUGUGAUUCAGUCUGAGAAUUAUCAAGUUAUAGGGUAUUAGCUAUGUAUAAGUUACUAGUGCUUCAAGUAUUUUCUUCAGUCAAUUAAAUAAUCUGCUGCUUACUGGUAUGUUUAGCGCUAUGAGAAUGGGGGAAGCUCAGUACUCAUGAAAAACCUAGUAGGCAAACUCAGUGGCUGUGUUUGCAUGAAUAGCUCAGGUGUGAUUUUAACCAUGUUUGUUGAACAAGCCAGGAUCAGUCUCAUAAAUGAGCAAAGUAACCAUGGUUUGCUUUGUAUCAUUGUCACAUGUCCUGGGGCACGGCAUCAAAACAAAUGGGGAUAAUGGAAUUGGACGUCACAAGAAACCUAACACAGAGACUAUAGUUAGUUAGCUGGGGUGGGUUUGGACAUACAAACCACAAUUAAGCUAAACAAACCAUGGAUUUAGUGUUCUAUACAAACCAUGCCUGCAUGUGCACUACGCAAUCAUUUUCCCAUCAUGGCGUUUCUGAAUGUGUGUGUUUGUGUGUGAGUGUGCACACAUACACUUACUAUAUGCUUCAUAUUUUCAGAUAUAUGCAAUUUAAUGUGGGGGGCAGGGAGAACUGCAUCAGGAUUAAUGUUGCUUCAACCCUCUCAAAUCUACCUUCAAAAUUUCUGGAUGGCAAAAAAAUUAAAUGGACCAAUAGCAUUGUUCUUUAUCAAUAUUUAGGUAUAGAUUUUUUUAUUAAAAAAAUAAGACGUACACUUAUUAAAGGCAGGCAGAGUCAGACCCUGCGACCAUGGAAUAUGUGAAGAGUGAAUUAUCCAGAGUUCAUACAUUGAAAUGGGCCAGCGUUAAAGUGAUAACAAUGGGGUCUUGAGAGAGUAAAGGUAAAGGGAACCAUUAGGUUCAGUCGUGGCCGACUCUGGGGUUGCGGCGCUCAUCUUGCUUUAUUGGUCAAGGGAGCUGGCAUACAGCUUCUGGGUCAUGUGGCCAGCAUGACUAAGCCGCUUCUGGCGAACCAGAGCAGCGCACGGAAACGCCGUUUACCUUCCCGCCUGAGCGGUACCUAUUUAUCUACUUGCACUUUGACGUGCUUUCGAACUGCUAGGUUGGCAGGACUUGAGAGAGUACAUAAGACUAUUUAACAGGAAAGCUUAAAAUAUAAUGAACAUAGUUGAUAAAAGCUAUUUUUAAAAAGGUAAACUUCCUGGUCCAUGUUGAAAAGAGUGCUGGGUUAGCUGAAAUUGUGGCAGACUUUUUUUUGUUAUUAAGACCAGAAUUUCAGAAUGAGAUUCUAACCGGACCUGUGGUAUGUAAACUGAAGCUCUGCUUUUUAUGAAGAAAGGACUGCAGGAUUAAAGUGGCUUCAUUCUUUAAUUGAUUGUAGAAUUAAAGGUUAAGAUUACAGAUUGCAGCCUUAAUGAGAUUGCGGUGAGGCUUCCUGCAUAAAAUCCUAUCGUUUCCAUAAAAGAGCAGGAUCUGAAAUCUGCCUCUGGCCGUAUUAUAGGCACCAUUUCAGGCUGACACUUCUCGGUGGGGGGAAACCAAUUGUAGGUAACAUAAUUUACUUAACAAACACAACCAAGUACAUGUUUGAGUCAAUCUAGUCCUCUUGCUUAAACAUUUAUUGUGCUUUCCCCAGCUCUGAUCUCAGGCAUGCUUGUUAAGAACGUAAGAACCUUGCUGCAUCAGACUACAGAUCUAUGUAGUCCAGUUCCCACAUCCCAAAUUCCUCUGGGAAGCUCACAAACAGGGCAGGAGGACAGUAUCCCCCUCCUGCUGUUGUUUUCCGGCAACUUCUCUGCAGAGAGGCACCCUGCCUCUGAUCCUGGAGGCAGCUUUUCGCCUCCUGGCCCUUGAUAGACUUAUCCAUGCAUUUGUCUAAUCCUCUUUCAAAGCCAUCUUAAGUUGAUGGCUGUCACCACCAACUUUGUGGCGGCAAACUCCACUGUUAGCUGUGUGAAGAAGCACUUCCUUUUUAUCUGUCCUUAAUCUUCUACUUUUCGGCUUCCUUGGAGGGCUCCAGGUUCAAAUGUUAUUAGGAAGGGAGAGAACUUCUCUCUCCACGCCGUGCAGAAUUGCAAUAAUCAUAGGUGGGUUCACCCUCGUAUGCAAACAGGAAAAAAGUCCAAUAGGGCUUAACUUUCAAGUAAAUGGGCAUGUAAUUGGGCUCUUAGAUAAGGCAACUAAGUAGAGGUGAAAGAAAGCUCCUAGUGGUGAUUUACUUAAGUGAUGCUGCACGAAUUCACUUUGGAUUUUUACCCUCUUAAAGGUCUUUUUUCCUUUCCCCCCCUUUUUGAUAGAGGUGUACUUGAUAGAUGACCUACUAUUGAAACCCUUCGCUUAAUUUACCUUCACUUACUUUCUGCGAGAAGAGCAGGGAAGAUAUUUUGAAGAGGGAUCACAGAGUGGUUUACAGUAUAAAAACACAAAAAUGCAUACCCAAUACCCUGUGGGUUCAGCCUGGUUGGCCUGUUGUCAGUCAAAGAGGACAUUUAUGAAGGCAUUGCAAGGCCAGUGCAAGACAACCCCAACCGCAAGUACUUGAGGGGUAGCACACCAAAUAUGACAAAAACACAAGCAUUUAUACAUUUGCAAGUAACAUACAUGUAUGGUGACACUUCCUUCUGCUAGCUUCUACUGGUUUAAUCACAAGGCACAACAUCUUCCUUAUAUUUCCCACCUUCCUUUGUUCUUAACAGUUAAGGCAAUAGCUCCUGCAUGUUGUUUUGUGUACCUAGGCUCCCUUGCGCCCUCAGCAAGGAGAUGUAUCAGUGCUUCCAAAGCUGGGAGAGACCAUGGCCAGAAACUCAAAAAGUUUGCUUUUUGUCACCUUUCGCGCUCCGUCAGUGACUUCCUCUGCAUCCAUUGGGGUUGGGUCUGCUCUGCUCUGUCGGUGCACCUGCCUGCCUGCCUGCCUCCCUUCCCUUUUCCUCCUCCUGCAACUCUUGCCCACUGUCUCCUCUCUCUUCCCUCUGAGCUCUGAUGGGAGCUCCACUCGCACUUUUAAUAGCGCCACUGGCUAAUUGGAGAGGGGGGUCCUGCAAGGGCUGCUGUGAUGGCUCACACCAGCAACUGGAUUCCUCCGCUGAGGCAGCCAGAAAGAGCCUGUGCACCUCGUCUGGCCUCCCAGAGCAGCAGAGGAAUGACCUGGGGAGUUCAUGCGGACUGGCAGGCAGACCUUUAAAGCUCUGUGCGGCCUAGGACCCACGUACCUACAGGAUCACCUCUCCUGGUAUGCCCCGCGGAGGACCUUAAGGUUCACAAAUGACAACAUUUUGGAGGUCCCAAGUCGCAAGGUGGUUAGGUUGGUCUCAACUAGGGCCAGGGCCUUUUCAGUACCGGCCCCAACUUGGUGGAAGGCUCUGUCACAAGAGACUAGGGCCCUGUGGGACUUGACAUCUUGUCGCAGGGCCUGCAAGACAGAGCUGUUCCGCCUGGCCUUUGGUUUGGACUCAGUCUGAUUCUUAUGUUUCCCUCCCCAUAUGGUUUUCACUUUUAAAACGAGGCUGCAUUUUAACCUAUAUUUUAAAUUGUUUUUUUUCUUUUUCUUUCUUUCUUAGUAUGUUUUUACUGAAAUUUUGGUGUUAGCUGCCCUGAGCCUGGCUCUGGCCGGGGAGGGCGGGGUAUACAUAAAAUUUAUUAUUAUUAUUAUUAUUAUUAUUAUUAUUAGCCAUGUCAAGCCAAACUGGAAUGGAGCAAUUUUUGUGCCUGCACCCUUGGCAGAGGCCAACCUAACUAACCUCUAGGUACGCCCCUGCUCUCAUGGUUCUCUUGCAAACUCAGCUGUUCUCGAACACAUUUCAAUUUUCAGUUUUAUUAUUUCUAUAACAAUAACAUAAUAACAACAAAACAGUAACCCUGCUCCUGUUUGUUUAAUCAGCCAGAGGACUGAGAGAUGAGGACUAUUUUCUCCUGGCUCCUAAAGAUCUGUAAUGAAGGCACCAGGCGAACCUCCCAGGGGAACUUAGCUCCCUCUCACACACCCUGGCAUUAAAAUUGUAUUGCUUGCCUUUUAAAGAAGAAACAUUAAAGUUGCCCGAGACCAAAGCCUUGUUGCUUGCGUCGCUCUCAAAAGUUCUUGCUGCGGAAGUUAGAACUCUGUGGCCUUUCGCAAAGGAGAACACGCAGGCUCAGCCGAAAGCUUCCGCUUGCUGAAAAUGGUAAGAGAGCGAUCUAAACAACAAGGACUCCUGCUGUACGAUGCUUUAGGUUGUCUCUUCUCUGCUUCCACUUUCUCUAUGGUUUCAGCUCAUGGAGGGUGUGCACUCCUAGUUUCCCUGUCUCUGAACACAAAACGGUGCUGCGUUUGUUUCCAUGCUCACUUAUGUAACGCUGAGCAAGUUGCACACUGUAAUCUACAUAAGUGUAUUAAGCAGCUUGAACCGGAAAUCAAAGUAAUUUAUCGUUAUGUUAAAAUUUCUAAAGUUAUUUAUUUCUUUUUCCUUUGUGAAAAAUGAAAGAUUUUUUUAAAAAGUUUUUUUAAAAGGCCAGACAAAGGUGGCCUGCAAACAUAGAGUAAUGUGACCAGCCUACAAGCCUGUGCAGCCCAGAUAAGCCUGCUGUGCUAAUUCGUCCUGAAUUACUCUGAGCAUAUCUACCAGUUUUGAGGCUUCUAAAAGGUCAAGUGAAUGACAUCAACUGCAUAUUUGUGCCAAGAUACGUAUGCUUGAUAACUAUCAUCUAUCCAUCCUAUCUAUCUAUCUAUCUAUCUAUCUAUCUAUCUACCUAUCUACCUACCUACCUACCUAUCUAUCUAUCCACAUACACACAUAACAGUAUUUAUAUAAAACCUGCCUGUAAGAUACUUAUAUAUUUAUACAUAAAACCUGCCUGUUGAAGCAAACGUCGAGAUAAACCAAAGCUUGCAGUUUGCAUUGUGCUGAAUUCUAGGCAGUAGAGUUGAUUAUCUUCAGGACAUUAGCAAAUGAUUAAAUCUGAAAUAAGAUCAUAGAUUUGAUAUGAUAGAAUAUGACCAAAGAACCUUGAUGAUUGUUUGUGGAUUCUUCCACUGUUUCAGAAAGAAUCAUUAUUUUGUAGAGCUGUGCUUCACUCCUAUCAUUCAUAUCCCUCGCUAGGGCUGAACUAGACACAAUUUUAGCUGUGUGAAUGCAAUUAAAGUGCACAGUUUCUGUUACAUAAAUAGUAGUCCUGGGAAGCUUGAGCAUCCUUGGAACUAUGAAAGUGGGGUUGGGAGACUGUACGGUAACUCUUUCCUUCCCUGCCACAGUCCUACAAAAUCUGCCUCUCCCAUUGUCAAUGGAAGCUUCCCUUGAAAUGUAAAUAGCAGCUUCGCUUGGACUAUGUCAGGGAGAGAGUUAAACUUCCCCCACUACAGUUCCAAGGCUGCUGAAGCUUUCCCACAGCUAUUAACAUAAUAAAAACAACACAGUUAAUUGCAUUCAUGCAAUUAACAUUACCCUGCCCCUUAGUUCAGCUUUCAAAGUUUUGAGACUAAAGUCCAAACACAUUUUUCUCAUUUGUAACUGAUCCAACCCCCUGAUUGCUUUCAUUGCCUCAUUUUCUAUAUUUUCCCAAUUGACAGUAUCCUUUCUGAAAUGAGACAACCAGACCUGCACAUGCCAUUUCAAAUGGGGUUGCCCCGUUGAUUUAUAGAAGGGCAUUAUGAUUCUAGCAGUUGUAUUUUUCGUCCCUUUCCUAACGAUUCCCAGUUCUGAGCUCGCACUACUACAGUACGAGCUGACAUUUUGAUUAAGUUAUCUGCUUACAACCAUAAGACCUUUUCAGACAAAUCAGACCCCAUCAGCAUAUGUGUGAAUUUUAGAUUUUAUUUUUCUCUCUGUGUGCAUCGCUUUACACUUACAUAUGUUGAAUCUCAUCUGCCAAUCCGUUGCGUCUUCACUCAACUUGAAGAGAUCCUUUGGAUGCUCUUGGCUAUAACUAGGUGUUAUUGGCAGACUUGGCAAUGCUAUUGUUUCUCCCUGGUUCCAGAUCAUGUAUGCAUGAGUAAAUAAAUAUAACACAAAUUCCAGUACAAUACUUCUUAAAAAUAGGUGGCUGUUGUUUUUUAAAAUGUUGUUUUAAUAUUGUAAGGCUCCACUGGGAGGAACAGUGGGAUGAACAUGAAUUAAACAAAUGCUCUUCUCUUCUUUGUGACUGUAGGAAUUGUGGAGAGGCCUCUAGGGCCAAUACCCUUAAUCUCUUUCAAUGAAGCAUUGCAAUACUUCCAAACAGCAGAUCUCUCAGACUGCAGGGUAUGUAUGUGCCAACUAGGAUUGAUUUAACAGCCAUACUGCUUAAAUAUUUUAGGCAUUGAAAAUGCUGCAUUGAUGGUUCCUGUUUGGCUCUUAAAGCACUUCCGAGGUACUCUUAUUCCUAUUUCAUUUUGUCAGGGAGAGAUAGAGUUACCAGAGCCCAGGAGCUUAAAUCUCCAUGAUUUAGCUAGUUCCCCUCCUUUCCGCCACCUCGUCUCCUUUUUGCUAACAGAUACAGGUGAAACUCAGAAAAUUAGAAUAUCGUGGAAAAGUUCAUUUAUUUAUUAAUAUUAAAUGAUAUCAGCAAAGUGCUCCAAAAUCUCCGGGUAGAUGGCUGCGUUGACCCUAGACUUAAUGCAGCACAGUGGACCAACACCAGCUGAUGACAUGGCUCCCCAAAUCUCUUUUCUGAUGAAAGCAGCUUUUGCAUCUCAUUUGGAAACCAAGGCCCCAGAGUCUGGAGGAAGAAUGGGGAGGCACACAAUGCCAGAUGCUUGAAGUCCAGUGUGACAUUUCCACAGUCUGUGUUGAUUUGGGGAGCCAUGUCAUCAGCUGGUGUUAGUCCACUGUGCUUCAUUGAGUCUAGGGUCAACACAGCUGUCUACCAGGAGAUUUUGGAGCACUUCAUGCUUCCUUCCACAGAUGAGUUUUAUGGGGAUGCCAACUUCAUUUUCCAGCAGGACUUUGGAAUCUGCCCACACUUCCAAAAGUACCAAAACCUGGUUCAAUGCCCAUGGGAUUAUUGUGCUUGAUUGGCCAGCAAACUCGCCUGACCUGAACCCCAUAGAGAAUCUAUGGGGCAUUGCCAAGAGACAGAAGAGAGACAUGAGACCGAGCAAUGCAGAAGAGCUGAAGGCUGCUAUUGAAGCAUCCUGGUCUUCCAUAACACCUCAGCAGUGCCACAGGCUAAUAGCAUCCAUGCCAUGCCGCAUUGAGGCAGUAAUUGAUGCAAAAGGGGCCCAAACCAAGUACUGAGUACAUAUGCAUGCUUCUACUUCUCAGAGGUCCAAUACUGGUCUAUUUGCAAUCCUUGUUUUGCUGAUUUCAUUUAAUAUUCUAUUUUUCUGAGAUUGUUAAUUUGGGGUUUUCAUCAGCUGUACGCCAUGAUCACCACAAUUAUAACAAAUAAAGGCUUGACAUAUCUCGCUUUGCAUAUCAUGAGUCUAUCUCAUAUAGGCUAUAGGUAUCUGUAACAGGAGAGUUUAGAUGCUUUCAAGUUAUUUGUGCUUCAGAAUCCCUGCCUAUUGACAUAAAGCAGGUCCUCUAAUAUAGCUAUAUAGAUAUAGAUAUAGAAAUUGUUGCCUAUAAGUAAAUUAACAGUCAUUAUUUCCAUUAACCUCAACUGAACGAAGCACACUUAAGAGCCAAGUUAAAUGGUUGAAGGACUGUAUUGUUAGUUGCCUGCAUCUAACCAGGCAGAGGGAACCAGGCAGAGGGUCUUCUUGGAAGUGGCACCCGCCCUCUGGGAUACCCUCCCGUCAGAUGGCAGACAGAUAAACAACUAUUUGACUUUUAGAAGAUGUCUGAAGGCAGCCCUGUUCAGGAAAGUUUUUAAUGGUUGAUGUCUUAUUGGCUUUUAAUAUUUUGUUGUGAGCCACUCUUGAGUCAGAUGGGUGGCCUAUUAUGAUUAUUUCUAUCUGAUAUAGGGCACUGUAGUACAAUUUACUUUCUCUAAGGGAUUUAAAGCACCCACAAGGCACAAAACAAAACCAUACAAACUAGUUUUUUUUUUAAAAAAACCCCCACCUAUCUGAUUCAAAACACCCAGAAACAUUACAAAAGAUAAAACAGCAAAAUGAGCAACAAGAUAAAAAUAGCUAAAGGCAGUAAAAAGAUCUUAGGUAUCACCAAACGGUCCAUGAAAAUAGAAUUUGUCUGAUGCCUAAAAGAUGGCAGUGAGGAAAGCCUAGGCAGGUAUGCUUAAGGAAGGAGUUCCAGAGUUUGGUUGUCACCACAGAAAAAACCCCUCUCUUUGGCAGGGAAACAGGAAGAAGGUCUACUAAGGGUAAUGUCAAUCCACAGCCAGGUUCAAAGUGGUCCUUUUUGUUACCUAGCUCAGGGUAUGAGGGAGAUCAGGCCAGGAUUUUGCCUGUGAGAAAACUAUGGUCUGAAAUGUCAGCUGCACAUAAUGCAUAGAUUGCCUGCCAGGAAAACGCUCCUUGCCAAACUGAGUUUGGAAAAACAACAACCUUGGAAGUGAAUGAAGGUCUCUUCAUAUUGAUAUGAUAUGGUCAGUUGCAGCAGUGGUCUGUUUCCCUUUUCUCAGCAGUGUUGUUAGGGAGGACUUUGCCUAUGUACCAUCACACUUUUAAAUUCUUUCUAACUUUCCUUGUUUCAGAAAAAGAUUCAGCCAACGGUGCGAAGGAGAGGACUGGCCGCCGUUGCCCAUUUCCUUUUCGGCCCUCCCCGUCUCCACCAGCAGCUGCAAAGUGAGAGGGACUUAGCCUUGGCGAUAGCCCAGUGUAAGUUUUGCUUCUUGUGGCUGCAGAUAGCAUCUUCCCAGUAGCCGGUUUUCUGACUGUCCGACUACUUAAUAUUGCCACGUCUUAAAUAUCUGGAAAGGGCUGCAGCUCUUGGGAAGAGCACCUGCAGGACACCACGGGUUCAAUCCUUGGCAUCUCUGGGAAAGAUUCCUGUGGAAAACUCUGGACAGCCACUACCAAGUUAGUGUAGACAGUACUGAGCCCUAUAGAAUGAUGGUCUGACCUUUGUAUAAAGCUGUUUUAUCCAGUCCUGUGAAGUUGGGCUGGGGAACCUCUCGCCCUCCAGGUGGACUCCCAGCUCCCAUCAUCCCUGACCAUAGACCAGGCAUAGGCAAACUCAGCCCUCCAGAUGUUUUGGGACUACAACUCCCAUCAUCCCUAGCUAACAGGACCAGUGGUCAGAGAUGGUAGGAGUUGUAGUCCCAAAGCAUCUGGAGGGCCGAAUUUGCCUAUGCCUGCUAUAGACCAUGCUGGCUGGGGUUGAUGGAUGUUGGAAUUUAGCAACACCUGAGAGAUUCCAGGUUCUGCGCCCCGAUAUAAAGUCACAGGAGACUGCUUUUAUAUGGCCUUUGUUUCCUCUAGCCCAGUAUUCCCUGCUUUUAUUUGCAAUAGCUCUCCCAAUGGUUUGGGCAGAGGUCUCUCUCCCUGCUGCCUGAGAUACUUUCGUGACCCUGCAGUCCCAACUCCCCAUCUCUGGGAGAGGAGGUGGUGUCUGGGUGGGAGAGGCAGUUGUCACCAGAAAUGGCUCUGGGUGUUCCCACUGGUCUAGAAGCUGCAGCCCAAGAGGAGUACCUUUGGCCAGCGCCUCUUCAGCCUCUGGAGGUUGUGUUGCUGUCCUCCAACAGCCAGUUCUAUUUAAAUCUAGGUUGACCUGCUGCUGAAGUACAGUGGUACCUUGGUUCUCAAACUGAAUCUGGUCCAAAAGUCCGUUCCAAAACUAAAGCGUUCCAAAACCAAGGUGCGCUUUCCCAUAGAAAGUAAUGCAAAAUGGAUUAAUCUGUUCCAGACUUUUAAAAACAACCACUAAAACAGCCGUUUGACAUGAAUUUUACUAUGUAAUGAGAUCAUUGAUCCAUAAAAUGAAAGCAAUAAACAAUGUACUGCAGUCCCACAAUCAAUCAGUAGCUGAACUGGGUUCCACACAGUCACAAAAAAAAAGAGCUGCCAAAACAAAAACUCAAAAUAAGUAGCAAAAACAGACAGACACUCAAAACAGAAGUGUGGCACUCAAAUCGGAAGUGUAACACUCAAAACAGAGCACGUUCGGCUUCCAAAAAAAAGUUCGCAAACCUGAGUACUUACUUCCGGGUUUGCAGUGUUUGGGUUCCAAGUUGUUUGAGUACCAAGGUACCACUGUAAUGUGAUUGGAGCCUGCUGAUAUGUCUCUUCUGCCUGAACAUCACAUGGAUGCAGGCAGGGUGCUGCCUGCUUUGCCUUGACUUUCCUGUGUUGCAGGGGGUGGCACUGCAUGACCCUUGUCCCUUCCAGUUGAUUUUGCCUUUUCAGAACCUGAACCUUGCCUUGUUUCAGAUGGUCUUGCUGGAGCCUGACCUUGUACUCAGUUGAUUUUGCCUUGCUUCCUUUGCUCUUUGCACUCUUCCUCACUUGGGUUAAAAACGCUCAAGGCCACUGCUUGGCAGAGAACAGAUCUUUAUGCGAAGAUGCCAAGGAUUAAACUUGGGCCUUAUGUAUCUAGAGUAGAGACUUGUUUAAGCAGAGAAAAUAAUCGGCAUUUCCCUCAACAGGUGGCUUGGAUAACAAUGAAAAAGUGCACAUGAGGAUCCUGCAAACGAUUUACAAGAAACUAACGGGGUCCCGUUUUGAUUGUGCCCGUUAUGGAGCCCAUUGGGAAGACCUGGGAUUUCAAGGUAUGGAGGAAGUACAUGAACAAUAUUCUUCAUACGAGCUUGGCAUGGCAUGACUUUUGCUUCUGCUGUAACAUGUGGAAGAGGAACAUGCAUUUUCCCCAGGAAAGAUCUAUGGGUCAUACAUUAUUUUGCAGGGGAAGAUCGGUGAGUUCCCUGUUUGCAGGAUACAACAGAAGCCUUUAAAAAGCUGCUCACACCUCCCUUUUUUGACACUUUAUUUGAAAUAAUCCUCAUCCUAAACAUCCAGCAAGAACCACUGUAACAUUUCAAAAACCCUGAAUAUUUUGAGUUUGGGCAGUUGUUUUAUAGGCCUGCUUCCACAGACAUUAUAUACGUGAUUUGUAAGGAGUUUCUUAUUUAACCUACUGUUAUGGUUUAAUACUAACAUCACAUGACCUUGGAGGGAAUGGGAGUUAUUUUAUUUAUUUUAAAAUGUAUAUAUCGCUUUAUAGAUUGCAAAUGCAAGUAUUCAACAACAGAUACAGGACAACAGUAAAAGCAGCUGAAACACUUUGGGGGCUGCUUUGACUGCUGUCCUGUAUCAGUUGUUGAAUACCACAAGCAGCAUCAAUAAAGGAUGCAGCAACAGGCAAUAGAAUCAUCUAAUUAAAAACUUGGGAGAAGAGUGUGGUGCCAGAUGAAUGUCUCUGGGAGUCAUUUCCACAACCAGGGUGCCAAUACUUUGUUUCCAUGCGCCUUGCCUCAAAAAGUUGGGGCAUUUGAAGAAAGACUUCUGAAUACCGUAUUUUUUGCUCUAUAAGACUCACUUUUUUCCUCCUAAAAAGUAAGGGGAAAUGUGUGUGCGUGUUAUGGAGCAAAUGCAGGCUGCGCAGCUAUCCCAGAAGCCAGAACAGCAAGAGGGAUUGCUGCUGUCACUGUGGAGUGAUCCCUCUUGCUGUUCUGGCUUCUGAGAUUCAGAAUAUUUUUUUUCUUGUUUUCCUCCUCCAAAAACUAGGUGCGUCUUGUGGUCUGGUGCCUCUUAUAGAGCGAAAAAUACGGUAAUUUGAGUGGGCGACUUCAUUCAGGGAGUAGAUGGUCUUUUUUAGAUAGCUUGCUCCUCUAUUGCAUUCGCCUUGGAGAUAAGCUGUAACGCACAGGCCAGAACAUUUCAUUCGGUAAUUCAGAUCACCGUUUUCCUGUGGCUUUCAAUUUGGAGUCAUUCAGGUAUGGUUACAUAACGGAAAUGAUGUAUUGGGUGCUCACGAGAGAGAGCAUCAAGCUUUCAUCAGGCCACAUUAAUUUUAGCAUUGCCUUUCUGGGUUUGCCUUGGCAAUUAACAAUCCUCUAAUGUAGCUUUAUGCAUGCAAUCAUUCACAAAUAUGGCCUGUGUAAGAGCGUUUAUUGCCUUGGCUUAACUGUCUCUCUGUGUGUGUUUUAUACUUAAGGGAUGGAUCCUGGCACAGACCUACGUGGGACUGGAAUGCUAGGAUUAAUGCAAACACUAUAUUUUGUAAUGGAUUCUCGGAUAUUACCCGUAGCUCGAGAGAUUUUCAAGUUAUCCCAUCACGAAACACAGGCACGUUUCCUUUUUCUGAGCUCGGGUUUUUGAAAUGUUAUUGAAAACCUGUGGGAGAGAUAACUUUGCAAGCUUGGUCUCCUACUGGUUAUAACGGAAGGCCUUUAUUUUUUGACAGCCUAAAUCAUCAGCUUUAAAGAUUCCUAGAGUGUCGACUGCUUUUGUCUGAACUGCUUUUUGUCUGAAAUGUCUCAGUCCUUUAACUACAUCUCCUCGGACUACAUGUUGGGAGAGCUCAUGUUCUAAUAAUUAGGGUAUUUUAGUCUCUAAAAAUUCCAUGCCUGUAAUGGCAAAGCGCAGUUGGUCAUUAGCUCUGAAUUCAGCCAUUUAAUUUUUUCAUCUCUCCUUUCCUUCUACUCUUCCCUCCCCACCCCAAUAUAAUCUUAUUCCUGUCUGCCAUACUAUGCACCCCCAAUAAUGUUUCCAGUAUCCAAAUACUCUCUGGCUGAAUCUUUCAUGAGCCUUUGGCUGUGCUUUAGGAAGACUUGUAGAUGAGAGGGAUGAUGAACCUGCGACGCCCCAGAUGUUGUUGGAUGCCUCAGCCCCAGCCGGAAUGGAGAUUACUCAGGGAUGGUGGAGAUUAAAGUCCAGCAACAUCUGGCAUGCCACAGGUGUCCCACCAUUGUUUUAACUAUCCAGUUUAGAUUUUACAACCAAUACUUAGAAUCAUAGAAUCAUAGAGUUGGAAUAGACCACAAGGGCCAUCGAGUCCAACCCCCUGCCAAGCAGGAAACACCAUCAGAGCACUCCUGACAUAUGGUUGUCAAGCCUCUGCUUAAAGACCUCCAAAGAAGGAGACUCCACCACACUCCUUGGCAGCAAAUUCCACUGUCGAACAGCUCUUACUGUCAGGAAGUUCUUCCUAAUGUUUAGGUGGAAUCUUCUGUCUUGUAGUUUGGAUCCAUUGCUCCGUGUCCGCUUCUCUGGAGCAGCAGAAAACAACCUUUCUCCCUCCUCUAUGUGACAUCCUUUUAUACUUGAACCUUCAGCCUGAAACCUUGUUGAACUGCUUUCUGAUCCAGGAUUGAGGGUAUUUGCAUAACAUUUUGAUGGGUUGUGCUGCUUUCUUUGAGUGGAAGUUUGGGCAUUGGCCUUGAGAAUCCAGGCUAGGUCUUGAUAGAAAUGCAAAUGGCCAUAUGGUAUUAGUAGGUAUAUCUUAGACUGACCAAGGCAGAGAUCUUUUUGCAGUAAAGGUGGCAUUAGAUUUCUUUUUCUGUUUUGAAGAGGCUGGUUGAUAUUUGUAUGUUCAGUACAACAACAUUUUGUGCUGAAAUGAUAUUGCUUGUAUUUCUCUCUCCUCCCCUUCCCCCAAAUAAAAAUAUCAAUAAAUUAUUGGGGGAGAAUAAAAGAAAUUUAAGCACCACCUUUCCCAUUAGCUCAUUGAAAGGCAUUUCUGGGAAACAGGGUGGAAACUAAUGCAUAAUAAGAUGCUGAAAUGUAGCUGAUGCUCCCACUGUGUCUGGAGGCCUGUGCUAAAAUUGGUCCCACCAGAGGCAUUUGGAGGUCCAGAAAAAAGAACCAUUAGCAUCUCAGCUGGCAGUCUGGUGGAGCCUUUGUGAAUCUGGUGCCUUCUAGACCAGCUGUGCUGAUGGGAGUUUUACCUCUUUUACCUUUCAAGCCCAAAACUUCUGAAGGUUGUCAGGUCAGGGAAGGGUGGCCUAGCAUAUCUUUUUAUGUUCCUAUUUGGCAGGUUAGUCAGCUACGCUCGGUGGGUUUAUGAUUUGGUACUCCCUGCUCUUAACAGCAUUUUCCCAAAUUGUCUUACCUGUACUUUUCCUAUUGACGUGAGGUUAGUAUUCUGCAAACAGCCUAACUGGAACCUUGCUGCUCUUUAAUUUACAAUAAAUUAUACCAGGGUACUAGAGUUUUCUUGAUUUCUUUUUGGUUAUGUGAUCUGGGUUUUGUGUGAGGUGUUUUUGUGCAUUUUUAAUACUUAUCCUUCGUUAGGAAAGCAGAAUUGGUUCAGGGUCCCCCAGUGGAGGGAAGCAGAAGAACAAUGAGGUCCUGGGACCUCUGCUGGAUGAUCCUGAAAUUCCUCUCCCUUUUCCUCCCAAAGGCCCACCCCAGUCCCUUUCCCAGUUUCUAAGCAAGUUGAGAAAGUACCGAUAAUCAGAAGGGUGAAAACAUGAUUUUAAUCACAUAUCCACUCUCUUCCAGUAUACUACAACUUACUAUGUUGUCAAUGCAAAUAGGCAAAGUCAGUAAGGGAUGGCGAGGUAAGGUUUUGGGACUGCAGUGGUAUUUGCUUGUCAGUCAGAAUGGUCAAGGGCAUGCCGUAUAGUCCAGGGCAGGCAUGAUUUGUUCUUGAGGACAGGAGGUGGCGUUGCACACUGUUGUGUCCUUCCAACACCUUGCUGCUGCUCCCCAUCAUCUGCCGCCUGAAGCCGUUGUCUUAGCAUGCCCAAUGGUACAGCUGGCCCUAAACACUGGGCAAGAAUGACAGAAAGCCAAGCUCUGAAGGGUUUGAUCCAGACAUAGUUAUGCUUAGAGUUAGAUACACUGAAAAUGUAAUAGACAAUUUCAAUGGGUCUGCCGUGAGGCUGACUAUGUCUGGAUUCAACUCUUAUUGUUAAUGAUUAUUUUUUUAAAAAAAUACUGUAUGUAAAUCAAUAAAACUAAAGCUCGGUUCUGAAAAGCAGAGGAAACAGAGCAAAGGAGCAGAGUAGAAGACUUAGCCAAGCGGGGUCUUCUCCGAGGACUCGAGUUGCUUGGACCAAGAAGCAAGUUCUGAGGCUAGAGCAUUAAAAGGCCCAUUGAGAAGGAUUGGUGCUUGGGGUCAGCUGACGGGAUGUUGUAAGAUGCUGUGUUCUGCACUCUAAAGGCACCACUUAGGUUGCAGUACCAGUGUGUCAGGUUUGUGAUUGAGACAGCAUCAGUGAGACAGCAGCUAAGAUACCAGAGCUGGGACCAGAGCCUUGCUCUGAGAUGUUUUGAACAGAGAAAAUGCCACAACUUCAGGUCAAAUGGGUCACACCUGAUUUUUAUAAAAGGAACAAAUCAAAUCGGCAUAUCUGUUGAAAGGAUUCAUAAUCUAAAACCAGAACAUGUUGCCUGAAUUUGACUCGCUUCUUAAAUGUAAGGUCAAGUAGAGGAACUGACCCAAAUCUCUGUGUAGGGGUUUCAUCCAGGCAUAUAUAAGUGAACUAAAAAAACAACAAAAGCAGUAUGAAUUUUACUUCCCGUUAAUUUAGGGACAGGGCACACUUUUUUUUUUAUGUAUUUCCAAUUCCUUUACAGAAUUUCCCUUUCUGUGUGAUGUCUGUCAAUAUUACUCGUAUUGUAAUCCAAGUGCUGAGGGAAGAACGCCUUUCCAGGUGAGUUCGUUGCAGAUCUCUUUUAUUACAGAUGGCAUGGUAGAGCUGUGUUCAAGUUGUUGCCACUCUUUUCCUUGGUAUGGAACCAUGCAACUCAAGAAGAAUGAAAACAUUUACAUUAGUGUGGAAAUUAAGUACCGCUUCCGUAAAAUGUUGGGAAUAUAUUGAAUACAUUUUUUUUGAAAAAUUCCACGAAUACAGAAGAUCCAGGACUGUAAGCAUAACUGACAGGUCAGUCAGCUAAAUUGAGGCCCACUGCAAGCUAGAUCCUUAUCUACUCUUACCCCAUGUGAGCCAAAUUUGAUAGGAGGUGGGCAAUCCUCCUGUCAUUCAACCAAUGCAUCCCUGUGAGGAAUCAUACAGCUGAUCCCUGCAGAAAGCAGGUACCACUACUCCUCAGAUGAUGUUUUCCCCAGUAGGGGACGCAGGUGGCGCUGUGGUCUAAACCUCUGAGCCUCUUGGGCUUGCUGAUCAGAAGGUUGGCGGUUCGAAUCCCCGCAACGGGGUGAGCUCCUGUUCCUCCGUUCCAGCUCCUGCCAACCUAACAGUUCGAAAGCACACCAGUGCAAGUAGAUAAAUAGGUACCACUGUGGCAAGAAGGUAAAUGGCAUUUCCAUGCGCUCUGGUUUCUGUCAUGGUGUCCCAUUGUGCCAGAAGCAGUUUAGUCAUGCUGGGCACAUGACCCGGAAAUCUGUCUGUGGACAAACACCUGAAAGCGGAGAUGAGCGCUACACCCCAUAGUUGAUUUCGACUGGACUUAACCAUCCAGGGGUCCUUUACUUUUACCUUUCCCCCAGUGCUCUCCAUCGUGAAAGAGGGGGAUGGAAAAGCUGAAUAGGGCAUGCAGCUUGAAAAACAAGCCUUGCUAUAUUUUUGGUUUACCACUCGUGGUUUGUUUAAAUGGUAAACCACGACAAAUCAUGCACUGUGUGUGUGUGAAGAGUCCUGGAAGACUUGCUCUCUGCUUUGCAUGUUUUUUCCGCCUGGCCUGGUAUGGCAGGGCCCUGACUGACUCCAGCUACAAAAGCUGAGGCUGUUGAACACUCUUCGGCUGGGGUGUUUGGGGGUAUUUUGUUGGGGUGGGGUUGUUGCUGGGGUUGGGUUUUUUUUUUUUAUCUUCAUUUUAGAUCUUGCGAUUUACCGGUAUGUGACAAUUCUUGUGCAUUUUUUGAUGUUUCAUUUAUUGUUUAUGACUACUUUUGUUGUGUUUCAAUUUUUAUGUAGUAAGACACCUUGAGCAUUAGAGGCACAUUCAUGAUUAAACCAUAGUUUAUGACAUGGGACAUGCAGAUGUUUUGGAGAGGCAUUUGCACCCCAAAGCCACGCAUUCUUACUUUGGAGUAAGCCUUGCUAUGUUUGGCAGGGCUUACUCGCUAGUAAGGAGGCUUAGGAAUGCAAAUUUUCAGGGGGAGUGCAUUGCUGCAAAUGUGGCAAGUAGCAGGAGUCACACCACUUACUGACACUUGGUUUUUAAAGUGAAUUUAAAAAGUGUCCCUUUAAAAGCAAACUAAUUCAGGGCAGCUCAUGGGUAGGAUAUUACUUUGGGGGUAUAAUUUUGUGGGGAAUUUUAUUUAGUGCUGCCUUGGGGGUUAUGAUAAAUGAAGGCCAAUGAAAGGGAAUUGAUUUGGAGCAGAAGAUGGGGGGGGAAUUAAUUGGGAGGGGGAAUUCAUUGUGCGUUUGCUUCAAAGCUUUGUUCUGCUCAGAGGGGGGGAAACAUUUUACACAUGCUCAGUGCCCGAGAUGCCAGACUUUUUGAGAACAAAAUGUGACAACCCUAUUCAUCCUCUUCCAAGAUGUGGAAAGACUACCUCAUUCCUUCCAGUCCGUACUGCAGAAAUUGGUGACCAUUUUUUGUCAGUUCUGGAAAAGGGGAGGAGGAAAGAUUGCCAGGAGGGCACUUACAGAAUUAAAAGCAGCCUAGAAUUCCUUAGUACCUUCAAACCUAACACAUUUAUUGUUGCCUUAGCUUUUUGCAAGCCAAGAUCUUAUUUCUUUGGAUGCAUGCAUUGUACCAUGUUGGUUUCAUAGUGCUUCAUGUACACCUGGUAUUGUAGUGACCCUUACUGUGAGCCUCCAAGGUAGACCUGUUUUAUUAUCCCCACAUGCUGGGGGAAGGGACAGUGGCCAUGGCUAGCACACAUAAUAAAAAGGUAAAGGACCCCUGGAUGGUUAAGUCCAGUCAAAGGUGACUAUGGGGUUGUGGCACUCAUCUCGCUUUCAGGCCGAGGGAGCCGGCGUUUGUUCACAGACAGCUUUCCAAGUCAUGUGGCCAGCAGGACAAAACCACUUCUCCCCCCACCCAUAAUUUUUAUUAAAUUUUUCCAAAUAUCUUAAACACAAUACAGCUUAACAAUAUUUCUCUAUAUCUUAUCUGAGUUAACUUCCCUCCACCCCUCUUCUGGCUUCUCUACAUUGCUCCUGCUUUAAGCGCGAUUACUAUAUAUACAUUCUAUAAGUGUCUAUAAUUCCUUAAUAAAUUUUUGUAUUAUACUUUAGACAUACAUUCCUUAUUACAAUACAACAUUACAUCUUGUGGUCUAACCAAAUGCUUACAAUAAAUGUUAUGAGUUUUAUUUCAGUCCUGUGAGUGUCUUUAUUUAUGUACAAUUUUCUCUUAAGUAUACCAUAAAUUUGGACCAUUCUUUUUGGAAUUUCUCAUCGUCCUGCUGUCGGAUUCUUCCAGUUAGCCUUGCUAUUUCCGCAUACUCCAAUACUUUCUGUUGCCAUUCUUCAAUUGUUGGGAUAUUCUGUUGUUUCAAUCUCUGUGCGAGGAGUAGUCUUCCUGUUGUUGUGGCAUACAGGAAGAAUUUCUGAUCCUCCUUUUUACUGUCCUCUCCAACCAGAGCGCAUGGAAACUCUGUUUACCUUCCUGCCACAGCGGUACUUAUUUAUCUACUUGCAUUGGUGUGCUUUUGACCUUCUAGGUUGGCAGGAGCUGGGACAGAGCAACAGGAACUCACCCCGUCAUGGGGAUUUGAACCGCUGACCCUCUGAUCGGCAAGCCCAAGAGGCUCAGUGGUUUAGACCGCAGCGCCACCCGCUGGGCCACCAUCUCAGGCUUUCUUUUGACAUGGGUGUGUGUGAACUUCCCCUUGUUUUACCUUAAAUUCCAGAGGCGUGUUGUCUUUCCCCCCAGCAAAAUGAAAUGUUUCUUGGCAAGCAAAAGCAUGCUCUUAGUGACGGAAAUGCAAGUCUUUGCCAGCCAAUAUGGAGUGACAUUACUGAGCCAGAUCGACCAGAAGUCUGAAUUGGUAUAAAGCAGCUCCUUGUGUGUCGUUUCCCCUUUUGUCUUUUCCUGUUAAUAAGGCCCAGUGAUAGGGAAGAUGACCCUGGGAAUAAAUUUGUUGUACUUGUCUCUUUCAGAGAGUGUAAUCGAAGGCAGCAAGUCAUUGCAGUGCUAAAUGAUUUGUACGUGGCUGUAUUUUUGCGCCUCUUCAACAUCUGGAAAGCACAACAAAAGACUAUUUCCGACUCUGGUUUUGUUCUAAAAGGUGGGCUGUUUUAGUCCUGUUCAAAAGAAAGAAAAUAUACAGUAUAAUAAUUCCUUGUUCCGUGCAUAUACGUUCCUUUAUGAGAGAGCUGAUUGCCAUGAUCAGACUCAUGUGCGGAGAUAAAUGUUUGUGUCAUUGAUUCUUGAAUAUGGUGCUGCAGGCAAAUGCUAUGUAUCAAUUUAUAACUGGGGAAAUAAAGCAAAUGUGCUGGCAUUUGUUGAAUUUGCAUAACUGAAGCUAGGUCUGACACCUAAUUAAAUAAAUUCUAGCUGAUUAAUCAGGUGUUUUAAUUAAUUAAAUAAAUCUGCCUAAGUUUGCAUAUUCCUUAUAGAAUUCCACAAUUCUUAUUGAGGAAAAGGAAAAGGUGGUAUAUAAAUGUAAUAAAUUAUAUGUGUGUGUGUACAGACACUCUCUGCAUGCACAGAAUUUCUGAGGUUUCAGCUGUACUUGCAUCUUCAAGCUAGUGCAUCUUCAAAGCUCCUGCCUUCUUUUAAAAAUCAGGACUCCAAAAUGUGAUUCUCGGAUUGCCAAAUGCUGCACCCAGUCCUGAAUUCUGUGUUUGUAAGAUGCAAUCAUGAACCUGCAGAACACUCCCCUGACCAUAGCUGCUUAAACUCCGAAGAGACUGGAAGAAUUUGGAAAGCUACUUUUUACUUGGCUUCUAGACUCCUCUCCAAAAUGUCAUUUUCAUAGCUGUGCAGGUUUGCAGUAGAUUUUCUCCAUGCUCUUCUUCAUAACUUUAUAAACCUUUACCCCGAUACCACCACCAACCCUGCACUUGGCUUAAAAAGCUCAAAAGUGGCCUUUCCUCACAGGGAAGGUGAGCUGGAAGUCAAAAUGGCUAGCCUUUUUCCAACCCAGGUGUCUUGACUUCUUCAGAGCAUGUUCCUACCAGAUACAGUGACACCUCGGGUUAAGAACUUAAUUCGCGCUGGAGGUUUGUUCUUAACCUGAAACUGUUCUUAACUUGAAGCACCACUUUAGCUAAUGGGGCCUCCCGCUGCUGCUGCGCUGCUGGAGCACAAUUUCUGUUCUCAUCCUGAAGCAAAGUUCUUAACCCGAGGUACUAUUUCUGGGUUAGCGGAGUCUGUGACCUGAAGCGUAUGUAACCCGAAGUACCACUGUAUCAUGUUUCUCUCUCUCUCUCUCUCUCUCUCUCUCUCUCUCUCUCUCUCUCUUUUUCUUUUUGCAGAAGUGGAAGCAUUUGCUAAAAGAAACCCGAAGCAGCUGCUGAGACAUUUGGAGACUUACAUGAACGGGAUUUCGCUUUCAGCAGGGGAAGACGGCUUUCAGGCCAACGCUUUCACCUCGGAGGUUCUCGGUUCGAACCUGAACUCUGUGAGAGCUGACAGUAAGGAGCUGAAUUUUACUGGAGUCGGUGACCUGCCGACGUCGGAGAGAGAGCAAGACAGCUGAUCCGGUCCCAGGGAAAUGGGAAAAGUCCUUGUACAUGAUAAGUCGACAAAGCCGGUUGAUAUGGUCUCUUAGUGGCUCUGUGGCCCGGCUGCAGAAAGGCUCACAGGGAGGGCUGAAGGUCUUGGAAUGCUGCUAAAGUAGAAGUGCGGGGGCUUCAGUUUGGGCCAGAGGCGCUAAGCAAGGUAUAGCGAGAGCCCCAGGGGUGGAGUCUGGGUUCAAGAGCAAACUGCUUCAGUUCCGCAACGAAGCAAUCUGGGCAGGAUCCAUUCAUCCCGGUUAGUAGCACUAAAGCUGUGAAGCUGACCUUUCUUUUGUUGCGGGAGUGUAUAUCUGAAUUUCCAAAUCCUCUCGCACACUGAAAAUAAAACGUUCUUCCGGUUCCCAAGGUUUGUUAGAGCUAAGAAACCUAUGUUUAUGCAUUGCUGAAUGCGAGCUAAUGUGAGCCUUGAGCUGCUGCAACCAGAGGCUACAAUUCCUUCAGUUAGGAUUUUUAUUAUUAUUAUUAUUAUUACUGGGGAACGUACGAGACACAAAGCUGUUGAAUCCUUUUUACUCCCGUCAACUGGGAAGCAUCGAUUUCUCAGUUGAUGUGCACCUGCUGUGACAUAUCAACCCACAGGAUGUGUAUGUGUGUGUGUGUCUUUUGUUUUUUUAAAUGGGAUUGUCAACAGGAACCACUGAAUGUGUACUGAAAUUGUGAGCACCCGACCUAUAUGCUAUUGAGGGUGGUCACAGACAACCAGCAACGACACAGUAGUUGUGUGAAAACGUACCAUAUGGCGGCUGCAACUGCAAGGUGAGGCAUUGUGUGGCUUUCAACCAUCUGGGAAACCCAGUGGUUACUACACCUCGGUUUUCCCGGAUGGCUGGGGUGGUGAGGAGGGAUGGUAGCAGUGGUACUACUAGGCUUACCAUAUGACUGGCUAACAUAUGAAUGACUCUUGUAACGUGGUGGAAACGGCCGCACUUUUCAGCAGCUGACAUGUGGUGCCCAGUGACUCAUUUUCACUCUGCGAUAAUCUCCUUCGGACGUCCUGUCCGGCGUACCAGCUGUAUUGUAUGCAAAGUUGUAGCCCUGGCUGAUACUGGGCUUUUCCAUUAAACUUACUACAAUCUUCAACCCUAAGCUAUGUGUCUGUUUUCUUCAUACCAUGACAUAAAAAGAAAAAAGAAAAAAGUAAAGGUCCUCUGGAUGGUUAAAGGCGACUAUGGGGUUGCGGUGCUUGUCCCGCUUUCAGGCCGAGGGUGCUGGAGUUUGACCACAGACAGCUUUCCGGGUCAUGUGGCCAGCAUGACUAAACUGCUUCUGGCGUAAUGGAACACCGUGAGGGAAACCAGAGCUCAUGGAAACGCCGCUUACCUUCCCGCCACAGUGGUACCUAUUUACCUACUUGCACUGGCGUGUUUUUGAACUGCUGGGUUGGCAGGAGCUGGGACAGAGCAACAGGAGUUCACCCCGUCAUGGGGAUUCAGACCACCGACCUUCUGAUUGGCAAGCCCAAGAGGCUCAGUGGUUUGGACCACAGCGCUGCCCAUGUCACCUUUGAGUUUAAAUAAACGUACUUAUAGAGGCACUGUGGGCUGCCACAUUGCUCACCAACUCUAUCUACCCCACCUGCAAGCCCCUGCCAACUUCCACCGUCCCUUUAUACCUCACCCAACCCCCUGCGACCCCUCACAACUCCUUUGUGUCCCUCCGUCAGGAUGGUGUCCAAAAUAUAAAAAGCCUAAAUGUAUUACCUACAAAGUUAUUUUUGUUUCAGUCAAUUCUGAAGGUUGGUUAGACAUUGUUUCAAUGCAUGGCAAAAUGAUAUUUCUAAAUAUAUUUGGCAAUGGAAAAAAUCAGAAAUAAAAUAUAAAAUAUUGAUAGAUGCAAAAGAGAGAGGUUUCUCUCUGCUGGAUAUGAGAUUAUACUAUGAAACAUCUCGUCUUUGUUGGUUGAAGGAAUGGAUGACAUUGGAGAAUUCACAUAUUUUAGACUUUGAAGGUCAUGAUAAUAUUUUCGGUUGGCACGCUUAUUUAUGGUAUGAAAAGGUGAAAGUACAUCAAGGAUUUACAAAUCAUAUAAUUAGGAAAAAGUUGUAUAGAGUAUAGGAUGAAUAUAAAAAUAUAUUAGAGGCAAAAACACCAUUUUGGCUCUCACCAUUGGAAGCUGUAGCGGUAAAGAAAAAGAAUAUGAUUGAAGGUGGACAACUUAUAGAAAGGAAAGUAUCAAAAGAAUUUUAGGAAUUAUCAGGAAAAUUAAUAACAUGGAUACAAUAUCAUUUGAACGAAGUAUUUAAGAAAGAUAGAAUACAAGGGAUAUCACAACUGGAGAGAGAUCUGUUGGAAUGAGAUGUAAAAGUGCUGUCUAAAAUGUAUAAGAUAUUGGAAUAGGAGACAAAGGAUAAGCAAAUAAAAUCAAUGAUACAUUGGGCAAUAAAUACUGGUCAUAAUAUAGAUAGGGAAGCAUGGGAACGUGUCAGGGAACUGCCAUCGGAAGGAAGGGAGGUGAAAGGACUCAGACAGGUUGGAAGAGACUCAGCAGCGGAAGAGGGAACCAGCAAGGGGAGAGAAGCUGAACUGAGGGAGGUGAAAGGGCUCAAACAGGUUGGAAGAGACUCAGCAGCUGAAGAGGAAACCAGCAGGGGGAGAAGCUGAACUGAGGGAAAGGGAGCUGGGGGAUGGCUCAGAGAGACUUCCAGCGAAAACAGUGGUGAGGUUUCCGGACCUCCUGUUGGGACACCCACUCCUCGCCGGAAACUGUCACGCAGAGAGUCCAGAAGACGUGUUUCCGUUAAGGAGCUUUUAUGUUGGAAGCGAUUACGAAAGCAGCCACUGUCGGAAUCUUCUAGUGACUAGAGGAGCCAUGUCAGAGGGGCUCAGUCACAGACAGAGGUUUGUGGACUUGAACAAACUCUGAGGGAAUACGAUUUUACGCACAAGCAGCUCAUCUUCCCAUCACAGAACGAUUGUGGAAUAUGGAUAUAAAAUUUACAGAUUAUUGUCUAAGAGAAAAUUAUAUGAAAAUGCUAUAUUGAUGGUACCUAAUACCGAGUAAAUUGGCAAAAAUGUAUAAAUCAAAAUCAAAUAAAUGUUGGAAAUGUAAAGAGUAAGAAGGUUCUUUUCAUCAAAUGUGGUGGUCUUGUGGUACGGUUAAAGCUUACUGGGAAAUGAUAUUCAUUAUACAGUGGUACCUCGAUUUUCGAAUGAUUCCGUUGACGGACAUUUCGGUUUACGAAUGCCUUAAAUGCUUUAGUUUUCGGACAUGCCUCAAAAGUCGAACAUGCCACAUGGCUUCUGUAUUGAGUUUUCCAUAUUGAGGCUUCCAUAUUGAGUAUGUGGUUUGCAAAUGUUUCAGAACUCGAACAGUCUUCCGGAACAGAUUACGUUAAAAAACCAAGGUACCACUGUAUAAUGAAUUGAAAAAUAUGUUUAAAAUAAUGUUUGUAAAAGAACCCAGAAGCCUUCCUUUUGGGAAUUAUAGGGACAGAACUACCCAAACUGUAUAGAAAUUUAUUCAUGUAUGUGACUACAGUGGCAAGAUUGUUACUUGCUGAAAAAUGGAAAGAAGUCCCAGCGAAAGAAGAACGGAUACAAAAACUUAACGGAAUAUACAGAAAUGGCAAAAAUUACGGAAAAAUAAGAAAUCAAGAUAACAAGCUUCUUAUAAAAGAAUGGAAAUGGUUUAUUGAAUAUUUACAAAAAAAACCCCAGUAAACAGAUAAGAACAUUGGCAGGAUUGUUGUAAUAACCUGCAGAUUUAUAGGAGUAUAUAUUUAAAGUAGAUGAAUAAAUGAGUAAAUUAAGUUAAUUUGGAAUAUUCAGAAAAUAUAAAAAAGAAAUUUAUAUAUAAAACAUAAAUGCACAGUGUUGCACACUGGAGGGGUUGUUUUGGGGGAGAUUUGCUUGGGAUCAGAUGGUACUGCAAACUUCAGUAUUGCAUGCAAGCUUUUGAAUGACACUUUGGUACAAGGCUGAUCAGACCCAGAGCCUUAUCGUGCUAACAGGCCUUGCUGUUAGUAUAUAAUAGACCCAUAUUCUUAUCUCUGAUGUUGCAUAAAGAAAGUUUUCUCCAUACUAACUUCUUCCAGGAGGAAACAGAAUUAAUAAACGAACAGUUGCAACACUUGUGUGAGGGACGUCUCCUCCAAAUCUAUUCCUGUGGCAUGGCCACACUUCUUCCAUUUCUCAAAGGGAGCCCUGAAACAGUGUGAUCUCUGAUCCAGUUGCCUGCCCUGCCCUUACAUUACGUGAAUAAUUUCUGCAGCCUCUGUAGUACAGUACAGUCGGCUCGCAGCCUACACAGAGAUUACGUUCUGGGGAUUGUGCCUAAAGCCAAAAUAGUGUACAGUGGUACCUCGGUUUACGAACUAAAUCCGUUCGGGAAGUCCGUUCUUAAACCGAAACUGUUCUUAAACCGAGGCGUGCUUUCCCUAAUAAGGCCUUCCGCCGCCAGUGCCCUUCCACUCUUCGGUUUCCGUUCAUAGACCGAGGUAAAGUUCGCUGACCAAAACACUACACCAGAACUACUGCGGAGUUCGUAUACCGAAUAGUUUGUAAACAGAGCUGUUCUUAAACCGAGGUACCACUGUAUAGUCAAAACACACUGGGUGCAAUGGCAGGUGGGAUUGCCAAAGUCUCUAUUCCUGGAUGUCCACCUACUUGUAAACUACUUUUUUUUGCCGAUCAUGUAAAGCUGAAAGUUGUGAGCUUGCUGCAUUGUAGCUUCUGCACUUGGACCAUCCACCCCUGCUUAUUCUUCAAGCGUCUCUGACUGUUCCUUGUUGCUGGUUAUUUUUUCCUGAAGCCUGCAUAUGCACAACUCUACUCAGGCUCAGCCUAUUGUAUGCGCACAUAUGCUUUCAUCCUGCAAAAGGGCGCUUUUGUGCCUCUUAGGUUUUAUUCCAGUUUUUUCUUAAGCACGCAGUUGUGGCAGGAACAAGUGAGAUCUGCAACAAAAUUUUGUUGUGCAUAGUGCCGGCCAUGUCCUUUUCCAGGAGACUCCCAACUGGAGGCAGAGCAUAGCCAUCAAAGCUAGUAGCCAUUGACAGCUUCCCAUAAGCUUGCCCGAUUUUUGAACACCAUCCAAGGUUGCGACCAUCGCUGCCUCUUGUGGGAGUGAGUUCCACAGUUUAUCUUCGCGCUGCUGUAAGACCCUUUCAGGAGUCUUCAUUAUGCCCUCUGAACUCACUCCAGGCCACACCCUGUACCAGCCUAGCAUUGCACCUUCGUUGAGUAUUUUGGUCUGUGUUUGAAGUCCCAUGAUAGUGUUCCUUGUUUGCCUGGAUGGAGUGGGUGGAUAUACAGUGGUACCUCGCAAGACGAAUGCCUCGCAAGACGAAAAACUCGCAAGACGAAAGAGUUUUUCGUUUUUUGAGUUGCUUCGCAAGACGAAUUUCCCUAUGGGCUUGCUUCACAAGACGAAAACGUCUUGCAAGUUUGUUUCCUUUUGGAUUUUCAAUGCAUUCCUAUGGGAAACCGUGCUUCGCAAGACGAAAAAACUCGCAGAAUGAAUUAAUUUCGUCUUGCGAGGCACCACUGUAAUAGAAACCUACGACUUGUGUGGCAGGAAUGCAAUUGCCAUACAAAGGUAAGAGUCACCCCCAUUGCUCUGCCCAUUUUUGCUUCUGGACUCACCUGUCCAUAGCAUGUGGCCCCCAAGAAGGUUCAAUGCGGCCCUUGGUCUCCAAAAGGGUUUCCAUUGCUGCUUUACCAAAAAGCGCAGGGAAGGUAUAUUUAAACCUUUUUUUGGCAAAUGCUCUUAAUUUUUAAACAGCUUAUGUGAUCUCAAGAUUCCCGGUUUCUUACCGGAACUAGAUAAUUGCAGUGUUAUUGCAGAAAAACAGCUGUGCAAUGCUCUGUGAAGGAAAAGGGAUGAGUAGAAAGACUUCUUCCGUUGCCCGUGAUUGCACAUGACUGUAUUUGAUUGAUCUGGCUUUCUAUUCUGUGGUCUCAGAACACAUUGUUCACAAUCUAUUAUGAAACACAAAAGAGAAGAGAUGAAGUACAUUAUUAUUUAUUCUACGAUAAACAACAACACCCAAGGAAAACCUUGAAAUCUCAGCCAAGUGACAACAUCUCUCACCCCACACCUAGUGCAGAUGUUUUGUCUCAGAAGAAGCUAAGGAAAUGGGGCUUUGAAAUAUCGCAAGAUAUUUCCACCUGAACCGUUCCCCCUCCUGAUCUUCCCUGUUCACACACACAUAAGAAGAUUGUACGGCAAUGUUUCCUCCCUCUAGUGCAAAGGGCGCAUUCCCCCAGACUUGGAGAAGCCUCAUUAGGAGCAGAUGUGCUUGGCCUCUGGUGCUGCUGAGAAUAUUCCUUUGUACUGAGAUGACUCCAUCAUCUCAAUACGGAAAGGCAAGACUGCUGGGAACGGGGCACUGUCAGUGUUGUGUUGACUGCCUGAUCAGGACUCAGUGUUUGGAUAACGAUUGCAGGGGGGCUGGCUGCGAAUGCCUUCCCCCAAUUGGCUGCCCUUUGUGAUCUCAGUAAGCAUCUAUGGAGCAGUCAGCCCCCCUUCCCCGAGUGCCUUGGCUCCCGUGUAGCCUUUAGAGGGGCCUGGAAUCUGGAUCGGAGGCUACUGUGUUGUUGGUGUCACUGCCUUGGAGCUACUGCAUAUUGAUGAGGGAGGCUGAGCCCACAGCUUUUUCGAGCUCUGCAGAGAAGGGAGGCAGUGGAGUGGCUGGGAAUAGCACUGUUCCUGGACAGGCAGGCAGGCGGGCAGGCAGGCAGCUGCCAGCAGGCUCUCCUAAUAAUUUUUGGUUUUCUCCCUGUCUCCUCCUCUUCCUCCUCUCCUUUCUGUCAUCUGGACCCAUCAGAUGGGAUGUUGAGCUAAGAGCAGAGUUGCUGCCACACUCAGGUGUGUAUUUGUGGACAUUGGGGUCGGGUGGGAUGGGGGAAGGUCGGGAUAAUGCUGGAGAUAGUGCUCAUGUGCCAGGGCUUCUAAGCAGCCCUUUUCUAUUGUCUGAUGCAAAAGGCCCGGCCAACGGCAUACUGCAUUUCCGAAGCUGGAGGUGACAGCUUUGCCGCUUGGAUGGAACAACAUUGCUGCUUGGGAAGGGAGGGAGCCGAACAAUUGCAUAUGUGCACAUGCACAGCUGUGCUUGUCGGACUAAGGAGAAAGCAGUGCGUGCGCCUGAAGAUUGCUUGCUUGUUUGGAAAGAGAGAAGAGGUUUCUGCAUUCGUGUAUAUGGUGUGAGAGGAGUUGUGUGUACAGGUGGGUAAUCUGUGUGCAUGUGUGCGCACAGGAGGCUGACUGGGACCCUGAGCAAAGGGACUGGGAGAUGUGACCGGGUGUACUUUGCACGAGACAAAGAGGAUUGCGUUGGAGGGGAAUUGCAAAGAAACAAAAACAAAAAAACCCGCCCAUGCUUCUGCUACCAAGGCAAUGGAGGUUCUGUUUACAAGACUGCAUGUAAGAGGGGGGUUCUUUUUGUGGAUGCUCCUUGACAUUUAGGCAGUCAGGGGAGAUGGUGGAUAUAUACAGGGCGUCUGGCUCGUAGCAUCGCUGAGCAUGUGUGGGGAAUGGGGAACUGCUGUAGUUUUCCUCCAGCGUUGGGAAGGGAGCUGCAAUGCCCUGCUAGCGAAGUGUGUUUUGUGGUGCAGCUAAGGAAGAAAAGCAAGUUUGUGUGGUGUGCAGAGACGGGCGUUGCUGGCGUGUUUUGUGGCAGGAGGGUGUUCCCGUGGGCAGGCAAGGGGAGGCAGGUUGUGUCUCUUUACCGAAGGAUGCUGUGUAGGCAAAAAGGAAGGGGCAUGGGGCAUGGCUUGCGGUGCUCAUGCGUUUUCCAAGAUCAGCAUCGGGAAAGGGCUUUGUUAUGUAUCUGCGUUGCUUGGCUGGCUCACGAAACAAGGUGACCUCUUGUACUCUGUGACCCUGGACAUAUUCCCGGGAGAGGCCUCUAUAUUCUGCAAGGAGAGCACAUUUGGAGAGGUGGUCUGGGGAUGACGGGACAAUAGAGCACAAAGCACCCACCUCACAUCUCGACCUCUGGGCCUGACACCCAACAUUUACAGAGCAUGCGCCUUACAGAGCGGUCCAAUCGACUGGGUGGUGUUGGGUGGCAUGGCCGGGCUAAUGUAGUAGCCAUCGUGUCACAAACUGGGAGACUUGAGGCCUGUUUCCCAGUUCCUGCUUUGUAUGAUGGGAAUAACGGUGAUGGACCUUGCAGGUUUGUUGUGGCAAUCAAAAAGUUAUGGGGGGGGGCAGACAGCCCCGGAUACAUCAAGUGCCUCUCUUUUAUCAGGGAUACUCCCUGUUUUCCGGUAGUACCCUCCCCUGGAAAUUUACCUUCCCUACUUUUUGUCCUAGUUGUUUUUUUGUUUACUUUUUUAGGGUUGCUAAAAAAUUUCAUGUAAAUUUCUAGAGUUGUAAUUCUUCAGAGUUCAGCUCCCUCCCCAGAGACCUCAAAAGUUAAACUUCCUGUUUGGGGGGGGGAGUGGAAACAUAAAUGGGACACAAACAUUAAAGCAUCAUGCAGUAUGCCAGCUAUCAUUCACUAUCCUGCAGUUGUCAAGGUAUAUUUUGAACUGUCACUGAGCUGCUGUAGUUUCAUGGAUAUAUUUCUCUCUCCGACCCCCCAGCAUAUCUAGGGGAAAUUGAUGCAGCAUUUAACUGAUGGAGUAGAAUCUCCUGCAAGGCGAAACUGGCAGAGAGGGAACUCAACUUGGUGUGAGAGUAGGAUGAUAAAAACAUGCCCCUGGCUGGGUCUAUGAAAUGUUGGAGGGGGAAGGGUGACGCCCAGUCUUAACUACAUGCCCACUGACAUUUUCUGAUUUGAGUUGCAAAAAAAUGGCGACUGUUGUAUUUCAGCAAGCUUAGGGGAUGAACUUUGCUCACAGUGGGUUGGCUGAUGAUUGUAUUUGAGGCCUGCAUGGAAUUUUCCUCCAGGCCCAGGAGGUUGGGCAGGCCCAUUGCCUUCCCUUGUAGUAGCACGUGGCUGGGCUUGCUUGCAUGAGUCAUCUGGAAGCGUUUUUCUUAAGAGUAGCAUCAUGCAGAGUGUUGGCUCUCUGUGAUAUAAGUAACACUGGGAGCGAAGUCAGUUCUGUGUUGUCUGAACUGAGUGUCUGUGGAUGUGUAGGGCUACAGGCACAUAUGUGGAGUUGAUAGGGACUGAACCCGGAGCCCUCGUUCAUGCAAAGCAGAUGCUCUCUCUCUCUCUCUCUCUCUCUCUCUCUCUCUCUCUCUCUCUCUCUCGGCUAUGGCCUUUCCUCCACCGCAGCAUUACCAAGUUGUAAGUUUGACAGCAAGAGCUCUAAAUGGGUGGAUAUCGAGGAGGGUGUGGCAAGGAACUGGACCAGGGCUGGCUUCAGACUUCUAGGAAGGGGAACUUGGGCAAAAUAUCCCCAGUGGGUUCCCAUCUCUGACUGUUGCCUCCCUUCUUGCUGUGAGUUUACGAUACGAUACUAUACAAUACGAUACAAUACGAUAUCUUUAUUGUCAUUGUCUCAUACAGAACAACGAAAUUGAAAAAAAUCUACACCAGACAUUCAAAAACCAACAAGCCUGCUAUCCCAGCUAUCCUAGCCUGGUUAACCCCCUAAAAACUCUGAAUUAAAUACAAUAUACUCCCACAGAGACUACCUUCCACUGCGUUUAAAACCAAAAUUGCAUUUGGAUAGAAACUGUUUCUCAGGCGGCUAGUCUUAGUCUUCCAGAAGGCAGAAACUGAAAGAACCUGCCAUUUCCUCGACAGCUACAACAAUGGUACCUUGGUUGUUGAAUGGCUUAGCUCCCAAACAAAUCAGCUCUUGAAUGCCGCAAACCCGGAAGUAAGUGUUCUGGUUUGUGAACGUUUUUUGGAAGCGAAACAUCCAGUGUGGCUUCUGUGGCUUCCGAUUGAGUGCACGAAGCUCCCGCAGUCAAUUGGAAGCUGUGCCUUGGUUUUUGAACAGUUCUGGGAGUCGAACGCAGAGACGUAGCUAGCUGCUUUGGCACCCGGAGCGGCGGAGGCAGGGUGAUCUGCCCACGGGGGCAGGGCGAUCCCUCCGCGGUGUGCCAUUUUGUCAUCUCCUCAGGGUUGACACCCAGCGUGGGCUGCACCCCCCGCACCCCCCUUCCUAUGCCCCUGGUCAAACGGACUCCUGGAACCGAUUAAGUUCGACAACCAAGAUGCUGCACAUCUUUCUAUUUCUGCCAGCUGUUCCCUUGCCAGGAGGCAGCCAGCAAGCACCUAGGCAUUAGCAAUGGUGCGAAAGAGGAGCAGAAAGUGGGGGGGGGGAUGUGAGUAUGAGCCCCUGACAAAGGCAUGAGCCUCAGCCUGGAUGUUCCAACUUCUGGCACCAAACCUGGGUUGGACUAGAUCACUAGUGUGGAACCUCUGGCCUGGGUCUAAAAGUGGCCCUCCAGGCCUGUCUGUUUGGCCCUUGGAAAUCUCUCCAGGCUGCACCCCUUCACCCCAGCCCAAAGGCCUCUCUGGCUCUGCUUUACAACCCUAGCACUUUUGUCAGGCUGGAUUGUGUCCCAGAACUCUGAAAAUGCCUCUUCCAUUCUGGGAUGGAGCGUAGAGAGGGGUAUGAUGCUUGCUUUUGCUUGGCAACAUCUGGAGGGCCCAAAAUCCCCACACCUGAACCUGCAUAGGGUUUGGAAACUUCAGCUGGUGCAGAAUUCAGUGGCCAGCUUGCUCACCGGAGCAUGACGGUUUGAGCAUAUUACACCCAUCCUGGUCCAACUGCACUGGCUACCGAUUAGUUUCCGGGCCCAAUUCAAAGUGCUGGUUUGGACCUAUAAAGCCUUAAAUGGCUCAGGACCACAAUACCUCAGGGACUGCCUCUUCCCAUAUGAACCUACCCAGUCCCCGAGAUCAUCUUCUGAGCCCCCCCUCUUCGUGUACCUCCACGAGAGGUCAGAAGGGUGGCAACACGAGAAUGGGCCUUCUCUGUGGUGGCUCCCCGUCUGUGGAAUGCUCUCCCCAGGGAAGUUCGCCUGGCGCCUUCACUAAACACCUUUAGGUGAAAGGCAAAAACGUUCCUUUUCAACCAGGCCUUUAAAAUGCUGGCUCUUUUGGGGUUUUUUUAUUGGGUUGUUGGUUUUGUUUUGAUUUUAUGUAUUUGAUAUUUUAUGUGAACCGCCCUGAGACCUUUGGGUAUAGGGCAGUAUAGAAAUUAUACAUACAUACAUACAUACAUACAUACAUAAUAAAUAAAUAAUAAAUACAUACAUAAAUAAUAAAAAAAUGUCUGGCAGUGCCUCUCUGAGAUUUCAGACUGGAUUUUGGCCCUACCUGGAAAUGCAGGGAUUCGAACCCGUGACCUGCUUGCUAAGCAGAUGCUCUCUCGCUCUCUCCCUCUCUCAGUACUUGGGAGCUUGUCAAAAUGAAAAGCAGGGAGGAACCGGUGGCGAUUUCAUGGAAAUAUUUCCCGCUUUCCGCUUAUCUUUUGACUUCCACCUUCAGUUUGCUUCUGUCGCAUCGCCUUGGGCCAAAGGGAAUUUGAGCAGUGAAAUGAAGCAGCGCAUCGGAAGCCCCGCUUCUGCUCCGCUGCCUGCCCAGAAGCCAUGUGUCCCCUUGGAAUUGGAGGUCAUUCCUGCUACUGGCGAGUUAUGGGAAUUCAAGACGAAGGUAGAUAAAAUUAAAGAUCAAGGGGCCAGGAAGGUCAGUGGCCAGGGGUGGGGAGGGAGCUGAGGAUGUCUUGGCCUCUAUGCAUAACAGAGGUGAACAGACAAAAACUCUUUCUCUCUCUCUGCCCCCACCCCCGCCCUCCUAGCUGUUGGCAGGAGCUGUGUGAAAGACUUCAGGACUGGAAUAAUAAAGGUUUCUGAUGCAAGGCAGAGAAUAGCUAUUGUUGCGGGUGGGCUGGAAGGGGAACAAGACAUGGAGCGGUAUUACGGAUUAGGAUGCAGGUGUCUUGGCACAGAGCCUUUUGUAAUAAUAAACACUUGGCUGAAGCGAACUCCUGAAUGCCUUCCAAGCACAUUUUCCCCCCUCAAAGAAUUCUGGGUGCUGUCGUUUGCUAAGGAUUGCUGGGAACAGUAACCCUGCGAGGGGUAAACUUCAGUCUCCAGAACUCUUUCUUGGAAAUACAGUGGUACCUCGGGUUACAUACGCUUCAGGUUACAGACUCCACUAACCCAGAAAUAGUACCUCGGGUUAAGUACUUUACUUCAGGAUGAGAACAGAAAUUGUGCUCCGCCGGCGUGGCAGCAGUGGGAGGCCCCAUUAGCUAAAGUGUGCUUCAGGUUAAGAACAGUUUCAGGUUAAGUACGGACCUCUGGAACGAAUUAAGUACUUAACCCGAGGUACCACUGUAAGGUCCAUCAAAUGUGCAGCGUGAAUGGACUGUGGUCCUUUACACGCUUCCCUGCAAUAAGUUCCAUUAAGUUUAGAGGGACUUGCCUCUGUUUAAGUCCCUCUAAACCAGCCUGUCUCAACCUGUGGGUCCCCAGAUGUUGUUGAACUACAACUCCCAUCACCCCUAGCUAGCAAGGCCAGAGCUCAGGGAUGGUGGGAGUUGUAGUCCAACAACAUCUGGGGACCCACAGGUUGAGAACCACUGCUCUUAACUGAAUUCUAAAAAGGAAAAACUUGGACUCAGGAGGAGGAAGUUGGCAGCCAGGCCUACCUACUGAGGUGGUUGUAAGAAAGGAGUAACAAAGGUCGGAGGUGUCUGGGAGCGGACUGAUGUUAGUAGAGCAGUGCCCUGUUUGCCUCUGGUAGACAGGUGUGGGAUUUAUAAGAAGAAGAGUUUGGAUAUGAUAUCCCGCUUUAUCACUACCCUAAGGAGUCUCCAAGAGGCUAACAUUCUCCAUUUCCUCCCUCCCUCACAACAAACACUCUGUGAGGUGAGUGAGGUUGAGAGACUUCAGAGAAGUGUGACUAACCCAAGGUCACCCAGCAGCUGCAUGUGGAGGAGAGGGGAAUCAAACCCGGUUCACCAGAUUACGAGUCCACCGCUCUUAACCACUACACCACACUGGCUCUAUAAUGUAUACUGCUUUGAGAGUUUUGUGACGAAGCAGUCUACAAAUCUUCCUCUCUCUCUCUCUCUCUUAAAAAUGUCAGUCUGACUAAUGCUACUUGAUCUGUCCUAGCAAGCUUACAAUGUUCCCAUCCUUGGUCCAAAGUAGAAAUAGCUGAAUAUGUCACUUUCGGUUUCUCUUAAGUUUCUCAUCUCUCCCCCUUUCCUGCCACCCCACAAUUUUAGGUUCAGUUCUCCACAUUUCCACAUCGGUUUAUGUGUGUUUUUAGUAGUGUGCGUGAAAAUUCAUCAGCAUUUUUGUGUGAAUGAGACUUCAUCUCUGGGUCGUGGGUUCGAUCCCAACGUUGGGCAAAAGAUUCCUUCACUGCAGAGGGUUGGUCUAGAGGACCCUCAUGGUCCCCUUCCAACUCUGCAGUUCUAUUAUUCUCUUGCCAUUUCCCCUAAUAUGUACAUUUUUGCAAGGGAAUUCCCCCCCAAUUUUUGUAUUUUGUUUCUACUCAUAUAUGCAUUCAUGUGCACACCAAACCCUUUAGUACAUGGGUAGGCAAACUAAGGCCCGGGGGCCAGAUCUGGCCCAAUUGCCUUCUAAAUCCGGCCUGCGGACGGUCCGGGAAUCAGGGUGUUUUUACAUGAGGAGAAUGUGUCCUUUUAUUUAAAAUGCAUCUCUGGGUUAUUUGUGGGGCAUAGAAAUUCGUCCAUUUCCCCCCUCCAAAAUAUAGUCCAGCCCCCCACAAGGUCUGAGGGACAGUGAACCGGCCCCCUGCUGAAAAAGUUUGCUGACCCCUGCUUUAGCAUAUGCAUUUUUGUACACAUUACUCGGCAUUGCAAAAUUCAGAGAAGUGCAAAUUUGAAGGCUGGAUUGUGUUUCAGUCCACGUCUUGUUUUGGGAAGUGUGAAUUAGGUAAAGGUAAAGGGACCCCUGACCAUUAGGUCCAGUCAUGGCAGACUCUGGGGUUGCGGCGCUCAUCUCGCUUUGUUGGCCGAGGGAGCCGGCGUACAGCUUCUGGGUCAUGUGGCCAUCAUGACUAAUCCGCUUCUGGCGAAACGCCGUUUACCUUCCCGCCAGAGCGGUACCUAAUUAUCUAUUUGCACUUUUACAUGUUUUUGAACUGCUAGGUUGGCAGGAGCUGGGACCGAGCAACGGGAGCUCACCCCGUCGCGGGGAUUCGAACCGCCGACCUUCUGAUCGGCAAGUCCUAGGCUCUGUGGUUUAACCCACGGUGCCACCCGCGUCCCUUUGUGAAUUAGGUAGGCUUGCCUUUAAAUGGGAUCUGAAUCUUAUUUUCUCUCCCACUCCUAGUCUGAGGCCUGGUCUGGAAGUAGAAAGCCCAUAUGCGCACCACUCUGAGCUAUAGGCGUCAAAUAAUAAAGCAUUUACCAUCCCCAUGUGCUCAGCUUUCAGGAUAGCUGUGGAAUGCUUUAAAAUGACAUGCAGAUCCCCUCCCCAAAUGGCAGCAACAGUUGCUUCUUUGUGCUGCGCGGGGUUGUCACAGAAACGGAGCGACGGUCAAAUGAUUCUUCGCAUUUGUAAUGGCUUUUGUGACAAUGGAGAAGAGUUAACCCAGAAGAGCUUGGGCUGCUGUCUGCCCACCAGCAACCACGGCUAGAUGGAAACAGCAGGCAAAUGGGCAGCUUUCUUUUAGAUCGGAGAAGGAGGCCUGAUCUUUGGCUGCAUCCCAUGUUGCUGCAAUGAACUCAUUUUAAAGGUUGUAAUAUCCAAAGUGCUUAACAGCACACUUUUGAAACCGAGUUGGUUCAGAUUGGGUGACGAGGCAAAAAUGUAGCAAAUUAAAGCAGGAUAUUUAGAAGCAAGAGAUGCGGGUGCUGCUGUGGGUUAAACCAGAGCCUAGGACUUGCCGAUCAGAAGGUUGGCGGUUUGAAUCCCCACGACAGGGUGAGCUCCUGUUGCUCGGUCCCUGCUCCUGCCAACCUAACAGUUCGAAAGCACGUCAAAGUGCAAGUAGAUAAAUAGGUACCGCUCCGGCGGGAAGGUAAACGGCGUUUCUGUGCGCUGCUCUGGUUCGCCAGAAGCGGCUUAGUCAUGCUGGCCACAUGACCCGGAAGCUGUACGCCGGCUCCCUCGGCCAAUAAAGCGAGAUGAGCGUCGCAACCCUAGAGUCGGCCACAACUGGACCCAAUGGUCAUUUAGAAGCAAGCUGAGCGAUUGCUGGAGUAAUAUCCUUUAUGGACCAUGUUGUUGUUGUUGUUUUAAUCCUGGCAGGCCAGGGACUGAGGUGAAAGCUGUCCUGCUGGAUCUCUCAGAGGCCUUUGACACCAUUGGUCAUGACAAUCCUUCUGGACCGUCUAGAGGAGCUGGGAGCUGGGGGCACUGUUGUACAGUGGUUCCGCUCCUUCCUCCUGGGCCGUGUCCAGAAAGUGGUGUUGUGGAAUGAGUGUUCAGACCCCUGGGCUCUCACUUGUGGGGUACCUCUCCCCCAUGAUUUUUAACAUCUACAUGAAACCGCUGGGAGAGAUCAUCCGGGGGUUUGGGCUGGGUGUUCAUCAGUAUGCGGAUGAUACCCAGCUCUACCUCUCUUUCAAAUCAGAACCAGUGAAGUCGGUGAAGGUCCUGUGUGAGUGUCUGGAGGCGGCUGGAGGAUGGAUGGCAGCUAACAGAUUGAGGCAGAAGUACUGUUUUGGGGAGAUGGGGCGGGAAAUGCCUUCUGGGUUGUCUGGGUCUUAACCCAUUGUAAUCCUAGUGUUUAUACCAACACAGCACUAGGGAGUUGAGGUCCUCCUUAUUUGCUGCUGUUGCAGAAAUGCUCCAUCCUAGUUACCCUAGAGAGUAACUCAUUUCUGAUGCUACAAUGAAACAUGCCUAUGGCUGUAGGGCUGUUCUUGCAUCGUUGAAUGUCUACUGCUAUUGGCUCAUUAAUGUCCUUUCUGUUCCAGAAGUCUCCCCUCUUCCAUUAGGCUACCUAAGAUGGAAGCCCCUCUGGUAAGCCUGGAUGAAGAGUUUGAAGAUCUGAGGCCGUGCUACAUUGAAGACCGGGAAGAGAAAUCUCAUUAUUUUUAUGGCUCCUCUCCUCGGCAUUUGGAAGACCCCUCCCUUUCUGAGCUUGAGAACUUCUCCUCUGAGAUCAUCAGCUUCAAGUCCAUGGAAGAUUUGGUCAAUGAAUUUGACGAGAAGCUCAAUGUCUGCUUUCGGAAUUACAAUGCCAAAACUGAAAACUUGGCCCCUGUGAAAAACCAGCUCCAGAUACAAGAAGAGGAGGAAAACCUGCAGGAUGAGGAGUAAGUAGAUCAAUGGUCAGCUGUAGAAAGUUAAGUAUAUGUAUGGAAGUAAAUAGUGUCAGCAGUAAGCUCUUAUUUAGGAAAAAGAAACUCUACUAUUUUCCCAUCCCUCCAAAGUAAACUCUUGAGGGAACCUGUUUCAUUUUGAUUCUCUGCAGAAUCUGGAGUUGCACAACACUGACUGGCUAGCCUCUACAUCAGUCACAUAAAACCACUUCUUCAAUUCUCAAGUGCUGGUUGGUUGGCCCUUGGCCAUCACUCCCCGCUCUUCAUAGAGCAGAUUUGUAAACAUAAAAACCCAAACUUCCAAAAGAAGAGAGAAGAAAGUGCCAUACCACAAGGCCAAGGAAACCUUUUUGCUCUUGAAGGCCGCAGACAGGCAUUGUGCAGGGCUAAAACCCAAAGUUGGCAAGUUGAUGCUCUCUCUCUCUUUCUCUCUCUGCCACUCCCUUUUCUUUCUUUCCCUCUGCUUCCCGUGCUUUUGCUCUCUAAUUUAAAUCAGGUUCUUGAUCUCUACUGUAUUGCCUUAUUUAUUUACUGAAAGUCCCUUCUUGCCUGCAUUCAGGCCAUGCUGCCCUUGCAAGGUACUUUGUAAGAAGUUUGGAAAACACCUAAAGACGUCAUUAGAAAUAUUUCAUUUCAUUUUUAGUUUUCCCUCCCCACCCACCCACUGCUUCAAGUCCCUUUAAAUAGAAAUGCAGUACAAGAAACGCAGGAAAAUGCAGGGCAGAACCGCCCUCCCAAUACUGAUACAGCUGUGGAUGGCAGGACUGUGAUAGGGCAGGUCGACAGGGGCUUGUGGUGUGCAGAUGCCACAACAGGUGCCCCAGGUUGGCUUAGUUGAUGCCUUUGUGCAGGCCUGAACUCUCUGCCUCUGCUAUGUCCAAGUAAGCUUCACGAUGCCAGGGUUGAGAAGGGUGUUGAGAGGGUGACCUUGUGCCACAACACCAGUCACCACUGAAAAAGACUAAUAGUAACAACAAGAACAUAAAUAUGGGCUUUAAUUGCUGUUGGCCUGAUGCAGCCAGGGAAAGUUGCCUGGGAACUCUGGUAGCUGUAGUUCUGGAGGUGGCUGGAGGAGCCAGACACUUAUUAUAUGAAAAAGCAGCAUAUAUUUGAAGGAUGUCAAAGGACAGUCCUGUGUCCGAAGGAGUUUGCUGUUAAUGGGCUGUUUGGUCCAAGUCUGGGUGGUGAAGUUUUGAAGGUUAAAGGACCACAAGAAGGUGCUUUGAAGUUGCCUAUCAAGAGUUAGCACCAUGAUCUUCUGCACUGUGGAGAGAGGUGUUGCAUUUCCGUUGAAAUUAUUAGCUGCUCCUAACUUUCCAUUUGUGCACAUAUAUAUUAGCAAAUGCAAAUAUAUUGGUGGCCUGUUCUUAUAUGAUGUGAUUGAAUCCUUUCCUAUAUUCCUCACAUCCACAACAUCAGAAGAGGUGAGCAUUCCUGGAAACAGCCUGGUUCAGAAGCAGCAAACUUGAGCUAAUAAGCAAGGACAUUGCACCUGAAAUGGGACCAUACCUGAGAGGUCCAUGGGUGAUUUCCAUAGCUCUUACUCAGUGGUUUUUUCCCCAGCCGGAAAUCACUGGAACUUAGUUCUGGCACCUCUCAAGUGGGCGCCAUUGCCAUUGUACGAGAACGAGGGAGGUGAGUUUCAGCACCUCUUUUUCUUCGAACACAACCCUGUUCUUACUUCAGAAAAGGGUUGCUGUUUUUGUUUUUAUUAGGUAUUUUGUAGUUUCAUAUCUUGCUUUUAUUUUGUGAACUGCCCUGAGACCCCCGGGUAUAGGGUGGUAUAUAAAUUCAAUAAAUAAUAAUAGUACAGUGGUACCUCAGGUUAAGUACUUAAAUUGUUCCGGCGGUCCGUUCUUAACCUGAAACUGUUCUUAACCUGAAGCACCACUUUAGCUAAUGGGGCCUCCCGCUGCCGCCGCGCCACCGGAGCACAAUUUCUGUUCUUAUCCUGCAAUAAAGUUCUUAACCUGAAGCACUAUUUCUGGGUUAGCGGAGUCUGUAACCUGAAGCGUAUGUAACCUGAAGUGUAUGUAACCCGAGGUACCACUGUAAUAAUAAUAAUAAUAAUAAUAAUAAUAAUAAUAAUAAUAAUACAGUGGUAAUAAUAAUUUAUUAUUUAUACCCCGCCCAUCUGGCCGGGCUUCCCCAGCCACUUUGGGGGGCUUCCAAAAAAAUAUUUAAAUACUAUAAUACAUCAAACAUUAAAAGCUUCCCUAAACAGGGCUACCUUCAGAUGUCUUCUAAAAGUCUGGUAGUUGUUGUUCUCUUUGACAUCUGGUGGGAGGGCGUUCCACAGGGAGGGCGCCACCACGGAGAAGGCCCCCUGCCUGGUUCCCUGUAACUUGGCUUCUCACAGUGAGGGAACCGCCAGAAGGCCCUUGGUGCUGGACCUCAGUGUCCGGGUAGAACGAUGGGGGUGGAGACGCUCCUUCAGUACCUCGGUUCUUGAAUGUUUCCGUUGACAAAUGUUUCAGAACCCGAAUGCUGAAAACCCGGAAGUGGAUGCUUCCAUUUUCGAAUGUGCCUCAGAAAUUGAAUGGCUUUUGCUGUGUAUUUUUCAAUUUUCUCAACUGAAUUUGCAGACAGCCCUUUGGCGCCUCAGUUUUCGAACAUUUCGGAACUUGAACUGUCUUCUGGAAUGGAUUACGUUUGAGAACCGAGGUACCACUGUAAUAAGAAAGGGGGGGGGCUUUCUCCAUGAGGACUAGUUCCAUUGGUAUAAAGUUCCGUGGGGAAAGAUGUGUGUUUCCUCACUGAUUUCUCCUGGAGUGGGAGCACUCCUAUUGGACAAGAAGAUGUUUUGUGUAACUGAGUUUUGGGAAAACAUGAGGUUCUUCUGAUAUGUCUCUAUACUAGUAAACAACGUGUCUAUUCAGGAGAGGCAAAAUAUUGAUGGCGUUAAGCCAAGGGUUGGGGGGGGGAGACUUUUGCCAGCUGCAAGGAACCAAACAGGGAAGCAACAGAUUCAACAGCUGAAAGAAAAAGCAAAUGAAAAUCUGGCCGUUGUAGUACAAAACAAAGAGAAUUUAUGCUUCCUUCCACGAAAAGGAUCCUAGGUUUGCUUUGGCUGUCAAAACAGUGAAGAUGCUUCCUCCGUAUCAGCUGUCUGCACAAAUAUUAUGCAGAUACCAUUGUGAUUGUGUAAUAAUAUGAGAUGCAUUUAAACCAGGGGUAGGCAACCUAAGGCCUGGGGGCCAGAUGCGGCCCAAUCGCCUUCUCAAUCCGGCCCGCGGACGGUUUGGGAAUCAGCAUGUUUUUACAUGAGUAGAAUGUGUCCUUUUAUUUAAAAUCGUUCAGCCCGGACACUGAGAUCCAGCGCCGAAGGCCUUCUGGCAAUUCCCUCAUUGUGAGAAGUUAGGUUACAGGCAACCAGACAGAGGGCCUUCUCGGUAGUGGCACCCGCCCUGUGGAACGCCCUCCCAUCAGAUGUCAAGGAAAUAAGCAGCUAUCCUAUCUUUAAAAGACAUCUGAAGGCAGGGAAGUUUUUAAUAUUUAAUGCUGUACUGUUUUUAACGCUUGAUUGGGAGCCGCCCAGAGUGGCUGGGGAAACUCAGCCAGAUGGGCGGGGUAUAAAUAAUAAAUAAUAAAUAAUAAAUAAUAAAUAAUAAAUAAUAAAUAAUAAAUAAUAAAUAAUAAAUAAUAAAUAAUAAAUAAUAAAUAAUAAAUAAUAUAUUAUUAUUAUUAUUAUUAUUAUUAUUAUUAUUAAAAUGCAUCUCUGGGUUAUUUGUGGGGCAUAAGUAUUUCAAAAUAUAUUUCAAAAUAUAGUCUGGCCCACCACAUGGUUUGAGGGACAGUGGACCGGCCCAUGGCUGAAAAAGGUUGCUGACCCCUGAUUUAAAUGAUGUGCAGCCCUCUUGUUUGAGGGAAGUGGUCAUCUGUGCUGUGUGAUCUGUCCCCCAGUUUAAUAAUUUGUGUGGCAAGAAGAGCACCAAGAGAAAAAUCAUGGAGAAGUCUAUCGACGUGCAGAUUAUAGAUAUGAAUUGUGAACUCAGACGCUGAGAUACGAUGAAGGCUGAAUUAUAACGCUUCUGCAGCCAAAACAAGGCAACUGGGAAACAAGAGGGAAGGUACUGGCAUGCUAAAGGGAACCCUAAAAUUUGCAGAAGCAGAAAAAAUACGUUGAAGGGGGAAAAAAUCAAGACAAACCAACCAGUGAGGACUUAGCACACCCAGUGUCUGCAGAAAGCUGACCAUUGUGGGGAGGGGACAUAGAAAAGGAGGGUCCUGUUAAGUUGUGGGUGAACAUAUCAGAUGACACAGCGAUUCUUCAAACAGCUCUUGUUUAUUCCCAGGCCAGAACAGAACUGAACUGAAGGGUUCAGCCAGCCUGCUUAUAUAGAGCUCCAGAACAACAUAAUUGUAACAUCUUUUUGUAACUAUCCAAUUACUGAACGUCACUUUCAAUCCCUUAUUUGCAUAUGUGAACCUGAAUGAAAACUAUCUACAGUAUCCCCCUGCUGGCCCAGGGUGAGAACUUCAGUACAUAACACCCCUCCCCACCGAGAUAAGGCGUUAGUUACAAUCGUAAUGAUUUUCUUAUAUACAGCACUACACGUAAUGGUUCAAUUAGGCACAAAAGCAUAUCGGUUACAUUUCACAUGCUUCCAUUAGACCAACAGUGUUACAUGUCCAACAACAUAGUCCUUUAAAUAAGUUGGGCGCUUGGAAACUCUGCCAGACUGCAGGGGACCGGUACCCAGGUCCGGGGGGCCGCCCGAUCCUUGCUGAGGUGGCGUUGAAACCAAGUCCCCUGGAUCCGCUGCUGUGGGUGGAACAUCCACAAGUGGAGUUGGCAGAAUGUCAGGCACGGCAGUGGUCAAAGCUGGAUCUGUCCUUGAAAAGCCCACUUCCCCCCAAAUUUUAAGUGUUUAACAGCAACAAAAAUAGUAGGAAUUAAAGAUAAUUACAGCCGCAGUCACAUUUAAAGUGCUGUGAUACCACUUUUGAACAGCCAUGGUUUCUGCCAGAUAAUUUGUUGGGUACUGAGAGUCGUUGUUAGGAGACCCCUGUUCCCAGGAUUCUUUGGGCGAAGUCAUGUGCUUUAAAUGUGCAUUGAAUAUGCUUAAAUGUACUAUGUUAAUCUGCCCAGCAAUUUUAGUCGGCCUCCAGGUCACCUGCUCCACUUACCGAUUUAAGAAAAUUUAUAUGCCCCUAAGCAGUUUGCAAGAGAUGGUAAUUACAGUUAUGAAAAUAGUUAAUUGAAAACAUUAAAACUAAAAUUAACAGGAAGAGAGAUUAAAACGUGUUGACAUCUGUAGGCAUUUUUGCCUAAACAAAAAUGUUUUAAGCAGGCACCAAAAAGCAAAAAACAGUACAGCAAAGGUUCCUGUCUGAUAUCAAGUGGCAGGGAGUUCCACAGUGAGGAUGUUGACAUACUAAAAGACUGAUGUCUUACAACUGCGCUGGUGAAAUAUAUUGUAUUUCUAUUUAAAUGAUAGAAAACCUUUCUAAAUCUGCAUAUAAAUUAGCACGUGUAAAUUGCACGCAAAUGUUUGCCUUUUGGGUGUGUGAUGCGUUUCCUCCUUUUGGGGAUGAAGUGUUAGCAGCCACCCUAGUUGCAGUCCCAGUACGGAUGAACUAUACAGUGGUACCUCAGGUUAAGUACUUAAUUCGUUCCAGAGGUCCGUACUUAACCUGAAACUGUUCUUAACCUGAAGCACCACUUUAGCUAAUGGGGCCUCCCGCUGCCGCCGCGCUGCUGGAGCACGAUUUUUGUUCUCAUCCUGAAGCAAAGUUCUUAACCUGAGAUACUAUUUCUGGGUUAGCAGAGUCUGUAACCUGAAGCGUAUGUAACCUGAAGCAUAUGUAACCCGAAGUACCACUGUAUGAGAAUAUAUAUUUUUAAACCCUGAACAGCUUGGCUCGUGGAAGCUAAAUAUUUGGAAAUUAAAAAGAGGCACGAAGAUAUUUCCGAUGCCCAUGUGAGUCGGCAUAUCAUGUCAAAAACAUUUUCAUUAGUAUUAUUGCUCCAGGGCUUCUUUCCCUUCAUAGUGUCUUUGCAGCUCGAGCUUAGAAGAUUUGGGCAGAGACUGGUUUCCUUUUACCUACAAGAAAACAUUUCCUAAUGGUUCUGCAUCUAAAGAAGAGAAUUGCUUAGGCACCUAAAUGUUAGAGGGGCGAUUCAAGUAGAACCAUAUUUUUUACUACUGCUGUCAGACACACCAACUCUAGGGGGCCGAAGACACCUCAGCCCCCUCAAUAUUUGUUUUAAGGGGGCUGGGCCCCCUCAAUCCUGAGGUGGCCCUGUGUAUGUUGUGUGUUGUGCAUCGCAGGUCCAGUGGCCAGCUCCUCCUCACAAACGUGCCGUGCACAAUGUGUGUGAUGUUGACUGCCGGUACCCUCAAUUUUGAUGGUAACCUGGUGCCUCUGACUGUUCUUGCUACCUGCAGAGCCCUAGUCAAGCUUUGUAUGAAAGCACUGAAGACAGAGGGGAGAAUGCAUGGUGGGGAGCUGGCAAUUGGAUAUCAGAGCUUUGAAAGAUGCUUCAACAGUGUAGCUGACUGGGCACAAUGAUCUGAAAAAAUGCUACUACUUAUACCAAUCCAUAUUAUUAUUAUUAUUAUUAUUAUUAUUAUUAUUUAAAUUUAUAUACCUCCCUAUACCCAGGGGUCUCAGGGCAGUUCACAAAAUAAGAUCAAGAUAUAAAACCACAAAAUACUUAAUAAAAAUAAAAACAACAACCCAAUAGCGCCCCCCCCCAUUUUAAAGGGCAUUCAGGGGUGUCCAAACUUUUUUCAAAGAGUGCCAGAUUUAAUGAAGUGAACAUACAUGAGGGCAGACCAAAGUUGUUGAGGUUUUUUUAAGAUGGAUGUCGCUGAGCUUUUUUUUGGAUUUUACCCCAAGACAUAUACUGCCAUGGGGGCCGGUUUAAAUUGACCGGCAGGCCGAAUUAGGCCCCUGAAACGGACUUUGGACAUAUCUGGCAUAGGAUGUAAAUCAGAUCAACCAAAGGCCUGGUUAAAAAGGAACGUUUCUGCCUGGCACCUAAAGGUGUAUAAUGCAGGUGCCAGGCGAACUUCCCUGGGGAGAGUAUUCCACAGAUGGGGAGCCACUGCAGAGAAGGCCAAUUCUUGUGUUGCCACUCUCCGGACCUCUCGAGAAGGAGGCACACGAAGAAGGGCCUCAGAAGAUGAUCUCAGGGUCUGGAUAGGUUCAUAUGGAAAGAGGCAGUGCUUGAGGUAUUGUGGUCCUGAGCUGUUUAUAUAUACCAUCAAGAUAACCACUUGUGCAUAGAAAUGACACAGUUAGGAGUUAUCAGUGGUGAGCUCGCCACAUCAUCUAGACCAAUGUUCUUCACCCUUGUGCCCCCAGAUGUUGUUGGAUUACAAUUCCCAUCAUCCCUAAUAACUGGCUAAACUGUGUGAGGAUGAGGGGAGUCAUAGUCCAACAACAUAUGGUUGAAAAAUUCAGAUCUAGACAGAAUAACCUAAAAGAUAAAUUCUCGUGAUCAAGUUAUAUGUAAGGUUGGGGUCAGCAUAUUCUCCCCCCUUGUGUGUGUGGUGUUAUAUGGGUCCUGCUGCCAUGCCCAUGCUGGUCCUGCAUGUUACUUUGCCCAUGUGUGCAUGAUCAAAGUAGUCGUCCUAUAGAAACAAACAUGGCAGCCGCUGGGCUGUUUCACUACAAACAAGGCAUGUGGCAGCAGCAGGGGUGUGAGAAGCAGAGGUGGCAAGGGCCAGGUAACAAGCAGGAAGUUCUGAACAUUGGAGAGAAUGUUGCAGGCUUUGGGUACCAAGGCCCAAGCGUCCGGUUUUGGACUGGUUUGCAGCAGGUGACACUCAAGUUUAUCAGAAGCCUUUUCCCACAAGCCAUCUGCUUUGGGGAUGCUGCCAAACAAUGACACACUGAAUGGUCUAGUGGUGGGAGACACCACUGGGAAACAAUUCAGAUACAAGAAUGAUGAAAGCAAGCUUGGGCUGAGCGCUCCUAAGAGCUUUAGCUGUACCUGAUUUUAGCAAGGGUGCAAAUUGACAGGGUUUGGGGCAGAUGAUGGGUUUCCCCAUCAUCAACUGCCUGACAAUUUCAACUGGAGAUGCCAGGGAUUGAACUUGUCAUUUGACAGGAAAAGCGUGCAUUCAUGUACUGAGUUAUAGUCCCUCCCCUUGAGGGUAGAAUCUUAGAGAUGUUUUGCCUGCAUCUCAACCUUUGAUGGGCAAGUUGCUAACUUGGAGCUAUCUGUGGUUCUGCAAUUCCUGACCUGCCUUACUGCCUUCUUUGGGAGAUCAGGCAUCAAACCAAAAUAUGCCAAGAUUUCUCUGCUUCAAUUCUCAUGUCUGUUAAAACAAGAACCAUAGUGACUGGUCUACUGGUACUGUUAAGAAAACUUAUUGUUUACUCUACUCUUUUGGAAUGGCAGGGUUAAUCUGAAUAGAGUGUUUGGAAGCAAGCAUUUUAAUGAUUGCAACCAAUUGGCUGCAUCUAAAGAACUUCAUUAUGCUCACAGUUCUCUUAGUUGCAAAAUAUGGAGGUUCUGUAGCAGAUCUUUGGCUGCUUCUAGUCUUGUGCUAGUGGAAGAAAGUUGUUAGAUUGAGUUUUGUUUUUCCUCACACAAUGCUCUUGCAUGAGGUGUGAAACAGGGAUGUGCAGAGUUGAAUCUUGUUUGAUCUAGAACCCAAAAUUCUACCAGGCAGAGCCAAGUACAAAACACAUUCAGUUAGAAUUAAGGAACUGGCUGUCCUUGAGGAAAUGAUGAGCCUAUAAAUUUGCUUUCAUUACCAGAACUGAGCUCAGGCUUUCACACACAAGUCUACUUCUGAUUACCUAAACUUUUGUCAUUUCAGUAGCCUAAUUUAGUCAUUUUGGGCACUUUGUAUGGCCUGUUUGUUGACCAUUCAUACAAUUUUUUGCGGGAAAGUUAGACAAGGUUAGCUAUUUAAAGAGCAUUCAUUCUAACUUGUUUGCUGGGAGAUUAGAUGAUAUUGUGUCAAAUCAAGUGUUAGACUAGUUUUGAGUGCAUUUCCCUGUCAUUUCCCUUAUUGCAAAAAGUCCAAAAUUAGGGGGGAAGUAGGUUUGUUGCAUAAGAACUUCCAGUCUAUUCCAAUUGUGCAACCAAAAAUAGCAGACAGCUCAGACCUUUGCUGAUCUACUGCAAACCUCCCAGAGUCUGCCAGUAGAUCCCAGUCUACCUUCUGCCCAUUGCUGGGGCAAAAGGACCUUUCUGCAUAUGAAAGACACCUUUUGCUAUCAGAAGGGCAGCUUUUUGAUCCAAACCAUUGUUUCAUAGGCUGAAUAUUUUUCAUGUUAAAACUGAAUUAGAACCCCUCCUGUCAUUUAAUGUUUUUGAAUUCGAUCUCAGCAAAGAGAAUUCAGUUCAGAUCAACUACAGCACUGUGUUGACCUUGGACAUCAUAGGCGGUUUAGUGGUUGUUUGCGACUGGGGCCAUUCAGUUGAACUGGAUGUGGCGGCUUUGUGGCUCUUAUUUUCCUCCUGCUCUCUUUUGAACGCUGCCCGCUGAGCAAAUUGCUCCGAGGGGUGCACCCCUGUUGCCAAGGCAGCUUUCCUCCAUUAACAACCUCUUGCCUUUUCUCUCUCCAGGGUUUGGGAUGCUCUUACAGACAAUUACAUCCCAUCCAUCACCGAAGACUGGAGGGAUCCUAACAUCGAGGUGCUAAACGGCAACGUCUCCGACACAGAGGUACUUCCUUGGAUUUGUGUCCUCCCCCCCUUUCCCAUCCAUGAAUCAUAAGAUGAAAUAAUUGUUGGCAAGCUUGGGCAGAAGUACGCUGUUGAAGCACAGUGAAAUGGGAGGACAGUGGUUAAGCAGCUGCAUGAACGCAUGCAAAACAAAAAUCACAGCUGGCUGCCAUUCCAGGAAGCAGGAGUAAUCGAAUGUGAGAACGAAGCUCUUGUCAGGUAGCUGAACAGAUCUCUCAGCAAUCCUUGAACUGGGGUCACCGUCCUUUGGUAAUGGAAAGGCAUGUAUAAUGAGGGGGAACAGUGAAUGAAACAGCUAGAUAUGUGUGUGUCAAGGGAGGCAUUGUCCUCUAGGCUGUUGUUCGCUCUGAGAUUGACACUGGCGAUGAUUGUACCGCCUCUACCCCUGACACGUUCGGAACAAUAGCUUGCCAGCCUUCAGGACAAUGGUGACUGUGAUGGCUAAAAGAAUACACACAUCACAGAGCAAAGGAUGUCUGGGUCCUUGUGCAUCUGCAGUGUGCCCCUUUGGAGUGUUGUUGAAAGGCUAGAGGGAGGAGGCUUUUGUGUUAGACCACUUGGAAGAAGUGAGGUCCUCUAUCGCCUUUUCCUUCCAACAAAACCUAUUGAACGGGAGAACGAGAGGGGCAGGGGCUGGGAUUAGGAUUUUGCCUGAUGGAUAUGUAGAAAUAGGAUUCACUAUAUAGAGCUAGAGCAUUCUGAGAUAAGGAACACCAAUUAUUGUCUUCUUAGCUUGUGAUUUUUUGGAAUGAAGGACAAACCUUGAACUCUCCAGUGGAUAGGAAACUCUGGAGACUGGCAGGACAUUGGUUUGGGAUGAGACUAAAGAGGAGAAUUCAUAGGGAUGAUGAAAACUGUGGAGUCUGGAAGAUCCCAAGGGGGUUAGUGGAUUUUGAAAGACCCUUGCAUUCUUAAAGUAGAGAAUGCUUGCAUUCUUGAAGGUAUAAUCUGGCGACAAUUUUCUUGGUAUUGGGAGCAUCUGGUAAGUCUAAUAAGGAUUUGGUCUGGGGGAAUCAAAGAGGAAGAGACUCGUAGAUAUCUGCAUCUUAAAAAUAACAAUGGCAAUAUCUGACAAUAUUUAAGUUAGGCAUUUUGAAAUAUUGAAGACAAUAUUUAGUUUUUACUAUGCAUCAGAGACUUUUGCCAUUUCACUGUUGGGUGUUUUUAUCUCACCAUUUCUGUAAUUUUUGAAACCCGAGGGCUAAUUGUAGCCUAGAAAAGAAGAAAACAGAAAUGAAGGGAAGGAAAAACAUACUUCAAACACAGCUCUUGGAAAUCCACACUCCAUAUUCAGAGUCUUAUAUAUAAUUCAAUGAAUUUGGUGCAAUCCCCCCCCCCCCCGGUUGCAGUUAAAUUAGGCCUGAAGCAUUCAAAAGGCAGCACAGCAUUGGGAACAUUUUUCAGCUCCCUUUUUAGUGCAUCUGUAGGAGUUUUCAAAGAACACUUCAACCCAUGUGCUCAAUGAAUACAGAGGAUGAAGGGGGGGUGAGGACAUCUUUACUAUUGUUGUGUCUAACAUGUUUGCAUGCCACUCCCCCAGCAGCCACAAAUUUGGCAUUAGUGUGAGGACGUUCUGCCUGCUCACUUUCAUCCAGCUUUCCCACGUGACUGGGAUCCCUGAUUGGCAAGCAUUGCUGCUCAUAUGGAGACACUCCAUGGGUGCACGUUAUUUAUUGAACAGCAUUUAUACGCUGUGCGAUUGUUGUAAAAUCUCUUUGUGGUUUACAGGAAAUAGUCAUUUAAUGAUAAUUAAAAAUCAACGUGAAAAAGAAAAAAAGACUGAAACGAACCAAGAUCUACAUGUCAGGGAUACACUUGUCAAAACAAAAUUAAUUUAAGAAGGCACUGGAAAGAAUACAGUGCUACCUCGGGUUAAGAACUUAACUCGUUCCGGAGGUCCAUUCUUAACCUGAAACUGUUCUUCACCUGAAGCACCACUUUAGCUAAUGGGGCCUCCCGCUGCCACCACCGCGUGAUUUCUGUUCUCAUCCUGAAGCAAAGUUCUUAACCUGAGGUACUAUUUCUGGGUUAGCGGAGUCUGUAACCUGAAGCGUCUGUAACCCAAGGUACCACUGUACAGUGAAGGUGUUUGCCUGAUGUCAAUUGGCAGGUGUAGGUAUCGCCACACUAAAAGAUUGUUUUAUUACAAACAUGGCUUGAGUAUAAGUGCUUAACUGGGCACAGGCGGGGCAAAGCGAUUCUGCAAGUAAACAAGUCCCAAGCCAUUUAGGGCUUUAAAAAGGUAAAAGGACCCCUGACCAUUAGGUCCAGUCGUGGCCGACUCUGGGGUUGCGGCGCUCACCUCGCUUUAUUGGCUGAGGGAGCCGGCGUACAGCUUCCGGGUCAAGUGGACAGCAUGACUAAGCCGCUUCUGGCGAACCAGAGCAGUGCACGGAAGGUAAUGCCGUUUACCUUCCCGCCAGAGCGGUACCUAUUUAUCUACUUGCACUGGCGUGCUUUCAAACUGCUAGGUUGGCAGGAGCAGGGACCGAGCAAUGGGAGCUCACCCCGUCUCGGGGAUUCGAACCGCCGACCUUCUGAUCGGCAAGUCCUAGGCUCUGUGGUUUAACCCACAGCGCCACCCGUGUCCCUUUAGGGCCUUAUAUACCAGUAAUAACACAUUGAACUUGGCCUGGUAAAUAGAUGGCCAUCAGUGCGGAUCUCUGAGCAGGGGUGUAAUCUGCUGACAGAAUCUCACUCCUAUCAGCAACCAUGCUGCUGCAUUCCUCACUAACCACAGCUUCCGGAUCAAGCACAAGGAAGUGCAUUGCUGUAAUCCAAUACUGAAGCCAUCCCCUUCACACAAAUGUUGAAUAUGGGGGUGGGAGGGCCAGCAGACAGGUCAAUGGGCAGUGGAGGCAGGACUAGUGGGUACAAACUUGCCCGGGGACCAUGUCUUUUGCUGCAAGGCUCUUCCUUUCCUGAACAGGAGGAAAAGUCAGCAGCGGGAGUUCAAGAUGGUAAGUGAGGAAAGGAAAUGCCCCGUGGUCUGUCUCUUUGUUGUCACCUCCUGCACCUACUGCUGCUGGGAAAGAAAGUGUCCCUCACGCUAAGUUUCCCUCAAGAACAAAUAUAAUUUAGUUGUGUAUCCGGAGACAUUACAAAAAAACAAACAAAAUAAAGUGCCUGAGAUAGAAACAGUGCAAUCUCUUCUUGUCUCAGGAAAUUGGCAGUAGGACUCCCAGGGGGGAAAGGGGGGAAUGGCAAGGGCUGGCAAUAAUGGAGCCCCAAACAGUGACACCUACAAGCGAUAGGUUCGCUGAUAGGUGACAUUUGGAUGUUCACUAAAAACAAGAGUUCAAAGCAUUAUCACAAUGCAGAGAGCUUCUUUUUGACGUCUGUCUGUCUUCAGCCUCAGGAAAAAAACUUAGGAAGGCAUUGCAAUCAGUGUUUAUCUCUCUGCCACCCCUGCAUUUUUUUUAAAAAAAUAUUUAACAUAAUUGUUACAAAAUAUAAGCAAAAUAUUGCAAAUACAUACAUACAUACAUACAUACAUAUUUCAAAUAAGCACAUAUAUAUGAAAAAAGGAACAAAAGAGAAAAAAAGAAGAAAAGAAAAAAGAAGAAGAAAUAAAGACAAAAAAGAAGAAAAGUUGGAAGAAUUUUUUCCAAGUUUAUUCUACAAAUAUCUCAAUAUGAAAAUAAUAAUAAAAUUUUGUUGAUUGACUUCCAUUGCUUACACUGCACUUCCUAUAUGCAUUUUCAGCAAGAAUGUAUCUGUUAUUCCGUAUUUUUCCCAUACAAUCUCACACAAAUAUUCUGAUCAAUAAGUUCUCUAAAUCUUUCAUAAAUCUGUUCUAAACACAACCAAUACCUUACAUUUAAUCCUUGUCUACAUAAACAAUCAUUUAAACAUUUUCAUUGUUUCUGGAUUAUAUAUUUUCGUUUUUGUCUUAUCAAAUCAGUCAGCCCUGCAUUUAUUUUAUUUUUUGAAGUGUUGCUGGAUGCAAUUCUAUUUUCCCCCAAAGACACCUGGUCAUCUGUCUGACUCCAAACACCCACAUCAAAGGUCAUGGGAGGUUCACUUUAGGAAAGGAGUUGUCCCCACUGGCUCUUGCUAACACAAGCUAUCCCCAGCCAUAGCUUCUAACCCUAAUUGAUAAAGUCAGCACCAGGGUUUGGCAUGAAUGGGCACCUGCCAUGGCCUUUGCAUCAACAGGAGGCCCUUUGUCAAGCCCCGGCAUCCUCUAGCCCUGCUGAUCCUUCCCUUGCUGCCACAGCCUGUUCACCUGCCUCUCUUGCAGAGACCAGGAGCAAGGAGAAGAAACAGCAGACUCCACUCUCCUCCCUCUUGCUGGGCCUGGUGGAAGAGAGAAAGGGAAUCGACAGGGUGAGGCCUCACUCAGGGCAUCUUGCUCAGAUGGGCCAGGUCUGUUCUCUGUUCUCCAACAGGGCAGGAGUACAGCCAAGGGAGCUCCAGAGCAAUAGCUGGGAAGCAGCCACCAUUGUCUCCCGCAGCUCCUGCCACCUAAGGCGGUUGCCUCACUCUGUCAAAUGGUAGGGCUGGCCACCAUCUGAAUCUGAAGGUGGUGGGACAACUGUCAGGAUGCUGUCAGCGGCUCCCGGCUGGUUGCCUAGGAAAGUAUAAAGACAAGGAAAAGUUUCUUACCGUCCUUUUUUAUUUCAAUACAGUGGUACCUCGGGUUAAGAACUUAAUUCGUUCUGGAGGUCUGUUCUUAACCUGAAACUGUUCUUAACCUGAAGCACCACUUUAGCUAAUGGGGCCUCCCGCUGCCACCAAGCGAUUUCAGUUCUCAUCCUGAAGCAAAGUUCUUAACCCGAGGUACUAUUUCUGGGUUAGCAGAGUCUGUAACCUGAAGCGUCUGUAACCCGAGGUACCACUGUAUCUACAGAGAGAGGCUCUGUAGAACCCAGCCUCUUGGAUAAUGGCGAUGUCCUGAGUGAAUCUCCACUCCCCAUCUCUCCCACUUCUUCAUUCAUCAUUCUCACCAUCUCCUCUACGGGUGCUGCUACCUGCCCUCUGCCUUUGAGCUCUUUGCUCUCCUACUUUUAACGCUCACCGGGUUUUGGGAGAUGGAGGGUCUGGAAUGAUUUCUAAUGACAACGUGUCAGCCUGGUCUUGCUCUGGCUCUCCCAUGAUUUCCCCACUUCCCCUCUCAUCUGCCUUUGAGCUGAGACCUCCCUCGAACUCUUGUUGUAAAUCUAUACUGUCUUCCUCUUCCUCCUCCCUGGAAGGGUCAGGGUGGGGAGGCAGUCUCCACCAUUCCUCGUCUGCCCAGUCCCUGACAAUAACCAGCCACGGGGUUGGGUGUGUCAUGUGUACCCCAGCUGAAAUUAAAGAAAGGAAUUGUUUCACUUUUAUACCUACCUGCUCCGAGAGUGUCAUACUUGCCAAGUGUCUGGUUUUAGGCGGGAUGGCCCUGCUUUCUAUGAAGGCGCUUCAGGCUCUGCCUUCAUCCCAGGGCACCCUGAUCUCGUGCACUGGGUGGGCAAGGGUGAGAAGCAGUGGGUGGGUGGGGGCACGAGAAAAGUGGCAGGACGAGUGGGGGGCCAAGUGGGUAAGGGCGAGAGAAGUGGUGGGGCAGCUAUGGAGAGCGGAGACAGCACGAGUGGGAGGGUGGAGCCCCACUUUGUCCUCCCGAAAUGUUGCAGGAUAACUUAUGGUCUGUGUGUGUGGUUUGGGAGCUGCACGGACAGGGAAAAAACUAUGCUGUCCAGGGUUGUAAAGACUGCGGAGAGAAUAAUUGGGUGCACUCUUCCCACCUUGGAUCAAAUUUAUGCUUCCAGGUGCCAUAAGAAAGCUGCAGCGAUAGCGCAGGAUAGUGCGCACCCCGGAAAUGAUCUCUUUCAGCUUCUGCCUUCUGGAAGAAGGUACAGGGUUAUAAAGACUAGGACUAGCCACCUGAGAAACAGUUUCUAUCCAAAUGUGAUUUUGGUUUUAAAUGUAGUGUAAGGAGUCUCUACGGGAGUAUAUUUUAUUUUAAAAUGGGGUCUCAGAGUUUUUAGGGGGCUAACCAGGUUGGGAUAGCUGGGAUGGCAGGCCUGUUGGUUUUUGAAUGUCUUAUGUAGAUUUUUUCAGUUUUGUUGUUUUGUAUGGGACAAAACAACACGGGUGGCGCUGGGAUGCGGGUGGCGCUGUGGGUAAAACCUCAGCGCCUAGGACUUGCCGAUCGCAUGGUCGGCGGUUUGAAUCCCCGCGGCGGGGUGAGCUCCCGUUGUUAGGUCCCAGCUCCUGCCCACCUAGCAGUUCGAAAGCACCCUUAAGUGCAAGUAGAUAAAUAGGUACCGCUUUAUAGCAGGAAGGUAAAUGGCGUUUCCGUGUGCUGCGCUGGUGCCGGUUCGCCAGAGCAGCUUCGUCACGCUGGCCACGUGACCCGGAAGUGUCUGCGGACAGCGCUGGCUCCCGGCCUCUAGAGUGAGAUGAGCGCACAACCCUAGAGUCUGUCAAGACUGGCCCGUACGGGCAGGGGUACCUUUACCUUAUGUCGAUUUUUUCAGUUUUGUUGUUUUGUGUGGGACAAUGACAAUAAAGAUUAUCGUAUCCUAUCAUAUCGUAAUGUGUGUGUUGGCUUUGUAGCCUGACGCAUGGAGAAUUGCAGCUUCCACCAGGAGCCUGCUAUUCUGCUCAGUCAACAAUAACUUAUUAGGCCUUAUAUUAUUAAUGGGUUUGCUGGAGUGAAGGACUAAUUUAAUCGGGCCAGGAAGCAUGAACAACAGAUGGCCAGAGAGAUGUUAUUUUCAGCAGGCAGUGGAAGCCUGUAGGAGAUCUAGCAUCCCCCCCAGCAGCAUACAGGCAUAUGAUGCGGGUCUUUGAGGAUGCUCUUGACAGCCAUCGUCACUGUCCUCUCCGAUGUUCAGAGCUCCAGGCAGCGUCUUAAAAAAGGAGAAGAGAACAGUUUGUCAUUGGUGUUCUGAACUUCACUGCUGUAAAGUCGACACCUCAAUUGAUUUUCUUUUUUUGGCUGAGGAUUAUUUGGAUGAACUCGAGCCAUAAACUGAACUAGUUUGUUUAGCAAAGCGAGGAACGUGAUCUGGAAUUAGUUCCUUUCUUUCUUUUCUUUUUCUUCUGAUAUAAUGUCUGUUCUUGUUUGGGUUAAACCACAGAGCCUAGGGCUUGCCGAUCAGAAGGUCGGCGGUUCGAAUCCCCGCGACGGGGUGAGCUCCCGUUGCUCGGUCCCUGCUCCUGCCAACCUAGCAGUUCGAAAGCACGUCAAGUGCAAGUAGAUAAAUAGAUACCGCUCCGGCAGGAAGGUAAACGGCGUUUCUGUGCGCUGCUCUGGUUCGCCUGAAGCGGCUUAGUCGUGCUGGCCACAUGACCCGGAAGCUGUACGCCGGCUCCCUCGGCCAGUAAAGCGAGAUGAGCGCUGCAACCCCAGAGUUGGUCACGACUGGACCUAAUGGUCAGGGGUCCCUUUACCUUUACCUUUACUGUUCUUGUUUGGGCCCUUGGAUCGCCUCCAGACGUUGAGGGGUUCUUGCUAAUCUGCUAGUAGGGUUUCGAAAGCUGAGAGGGACACACUCCUAAGCAAACCUUGAAUAACCCUUGCUGUGAUGCAGUUUCUUUUUCCUGCACCACCUUGUAUUGUAGCCAGAACUCGCUGACCUUGAAAGCAGCUGAACAGGCGUAAUCACCCCUUUGCUCGGGACCAAGGAAUAAAUUAAAAUAGCUUUGUAUUUCAUCCAGGUUUUAUUUGGAGAAGAGCUUUUUAAAAAUGAAAUAGCAGUCUUUUAAAAUCAAUGGAAAUAAUUCCAGAGUCUAGAAAAGACAAGGUUUGCGUACACAACAUGCAUUUCAAGCACAAGAAUGCUGGGGUCUAUCGUCUACCCACCACAGAACUACAAUUCCCAGCACCUUUAACAAACUACAGUUCCCAGGAUUCUUUGGGGUGGGUGGGGAAGCAAUGAACCACUUUAAAUGUAUGGUGUGUAUGUAGCCAUAGAGAGAAACCGCUUUACCUCAUGGUCACGUAUCAGGGCUAUUCAUUUGUAAAUGGACGAGUCUCAAGUGAAUGUGAAAUUGCUUCUCAAAGCUGAUUCAGAUGGUGAACAUUAGGGGUGAAGCACAGGGGCAGAGCACAUGCUAUGACUGCAGAAGCUACCAGCUUCAUAGAAUCAUGGAAUUGUAGAGCUGGAGGGGACCAUGAAGGCCAUCUAGUCCAACCCCCUGCAAUGCAGGAAUCUUUUGCCCAACGAGGACCUCGAACCCUCGACCCUGAGAUUCAGUGCCCCAUGCUCACCUGGCAUCUCUGGGUGAGGCUAGAAAAGGCUCCUGAAACCGUGAAGAGCCUUGGCUUUUCAGUGUACAGUGGUACCUCGGGUUACAAACUUAAUUCGUUCUGGAGGUCUAUUCUUAACCUGGAACUGUUCUUGACCUGAGGUACCGCUUUAGCUAAUGGGGCCUCCCGCUGCCGCCACCGCACGAUUUCUGUUCUCAUCCUGAGGUAAAGUUCUUAACCCGAGGUACUAUUUCUGGGUUAGCGGAGUCUGUAACCUGAAGCGUAUGUAACCCGAGGUACCACUGUACAGGCAAUGGUGAAAAAUCUGUGGUUUCUCAGACUCUCUUCCCCUAGCUCUUUUAUUUGCGGAGAUUUAGCGUGUUUCCACUCAGCAGUUCAUUGGGGACUCAGAGAUCAGGGUUCAAAUCCCCACUCAGCUAUGAAGCUCAUUGGGUGACUUUGGGCCAGUUACUGUCCCUCAGCCUGGUCUACCUCACAGGGUUGUUUUGAGGGGAGAAUCGUGUAUACCACCUUGACCUGCUAGGAGGAAAGCUGGGAUAGAAAUAUAAUAAAAUAUAUUAAAUCAAUCAAUCAAUCAAUCAAUCAAUCAAUUUUUAUUACGGUCCAGAGACCCAACAAAUCGUUACAAAGCAAUGCAGAAUUCAGACAGCCUACCUCCAAGUUAAACAAGCAUUUUGUUCAGACUUAAAGAUAGGGAUCAUUGGUUCUUGCAACCACAGAUAAAAACUUCACCACUGCUAAUGUUCUAGCGUUUGUCUGGUCUUCCAAUAGGAACCUGACAUAGUGAGCCUCUGAUUUUCCCGGGAAAGGUACCAGCAAGGGUAAUAUCAGUUCAGCCCUGGCUUGCUCGUAUUUCACACAGUGCAGCAAAAUAUGUUUUAUAGAAUCGAUGUGUUGAGCACACGACCUGCCAGGAAGAAAGCUGGGAUAGAAAUAUAAUAAAAGAUAUUAAAUAGAUAAAAGAUUUGUGCAGUAUUCACACAGUGCCAUUCUUGUCUAAAUGCCGCCCAGCAUUUAAAUGCUGCCCAAUAUUUUUUUCCCAUUGUCUAGAGUUGUUGUUGUUUUCAGUCUGCAAAUGAUACACAAUUGAUAACGGUCCCCUUCCUCACAUUUACAUUGCUUUUCCUUUGCACUGAAAUGAAAGGGGUGGCAUAAGAGAAUGGCAAUGUCAUUCUGCGUAAUGAAUUACGCAAUUUCACCGCACAAACAGCAAGACAAAUAACGGAGUUUUUUUUAUGGAAGUUGACCUGCAGUGGAAUGGAAACAGUGCAAUGAAUACAGGGCAGAAUGGAAAACAGUUCCUUCUUGCAUCCCUACUGAUAAAUAACAUACACAGAGACACUGGCAGAAACAGUAAAUCUGGAUAAAAUGGGGGGAAAUAGGGGAGACAUUUUGAUGUUGUGUGUGUGCUGCGAAAAACGUGCUUGCAUAAAGAGCACUGAGUACACAACAAAGCACCCGUAAUGAAGUGUUCCUAAGGAAAAAAGGGUGGGAAGGCAGGAUCCUACCCAACUGUCUGCUAAGAAGUCAGUUUGUCCCCAGAGCUGCCCUAUGAAUACAAAUGUGCAUUUGGCCCUUAUUUUUUAAAUUACGUUCAAAACACUAUGUCAUUCGUGAUUGGUGCAAUUUAAUGUGUUUUAAACCCAUUAGGCUACCUGUAUUUUAUGUCCUGGCUGCUCUGCAAUUCUUCCUUGACCUCUUAGGCUCCCGUCACUUAACGCUCCUGACUGCAAGUGUGCUCUAGGGGAGAUGGCUGGAAUAUUUUUGCUGGCUUUUAGAAGUGGGUGGGGCUCCCUUUUUUUGGCCUGAGGGCCAGAUUCCUUGGUGGGCAGAAGCUGGCUCUAAGCUUGUGGGACCUUUUGUCAAAACACUGGUUCCCCUCUUACGUGGGCCCAGGUAAGCUUGCUUGAUGCAUGCAAGAGUUUGGCAAUUAAUGGGAAUCGGUAAGAGGAUAUAUUAAUUAUAUUUAAUCCUCUAGAGAACCGUGUGUGUGGGUUAACAGCAAAGGAAAAAAGUCUGAAUUCGAAAGCAUUCGAGAGCCCCAGUAGCAGAGUUUAAAUGCCAUUGUCAAGCGGUUUAGUGAAACAUAGGAAUAGUCUAUUAAACCUUAUUUAUUUCAUUCUGUUGUGUGAAGCAGCUGACCCCCUGCAAUGAAAUAGACUACACAGUGAAGUCAGUUGAAAAAUGCUUUACUUACUUAUCUGAGGCCACAAACAUGCAUUGUCCUAUGCAGCAGCAAUUGGAAAUGCAGCUAAAAAUAUUCUUAGUAGAAAUACAGUAAGAUAGCUUCAGACAUGUGUCUGAAGAUAGGAGCCAUGUUGAGUCACAUCCGCCUCCAAUGCUUACAGCGUGGAGAAGGAGGGUAAGGGAAGGAAAGGAAGAAAAACAUCACUUCCUCUCUCACUGGGGAUGAGGAAGCGUGACCUAACUCUGUGGUCCUUAACCCCUUCAUAUACUAACUAGCAAAACCAUGCAGAGUUAUGUUUGACUGCUAAACGUCCCACAGCAACCAGCACUGGGUGGCUGGGAUUCGCCAUGUUAACUUACUACCAUGCCUUGACGUGAUGUUAUAUUACAGAAAUUAAUAUGGUGGCUGAGGGUGCCCAGAGCAGUUGUCGGCACAGCAGUGGGCCCUGCCAGCACAUCACACACACACACACACACACACACACACACCAGCAACUGCCCAUGGAGGCUUUGUGUUGGGUCUGCAAGCAAAGCAGCUGCAUGUCAAGUAUUGUGGCCUCUGCGCAGGGAGCACAUUUGUAAGAAUUAGUAGUGACUUCUGGAAAGUGGAUCGCAAGGCUCUCGCCUGCCUUGUUCCACAAGCUCUGCAGCAGCUACCUCUUCCAGCGCUGUAGUGGGUGUUAUGCAAUCUCAGCUUCAGCAAGCGGGUGAUGCAAGUGGCGUCAGCCAGUGCAGCAAUUCAGUCAAAAAAACUGCUGGAGCCAGUGAAACAGUGAGGCCAGAAAGUAUCGAUUGCCUUCCUAAAUAAGAAUCAAACAGGAAGGGAGGACUUCCUGGCUUUUUGGCCCUUAUAAGCUGAAGGCUGAGUGUGAAUCUCUAGGGAACCAGAACUGGUCCCUUCAGAGAAAAUCUCUGGCUACAGCCUUCCUUGAGCAUGAGUAUUGUUUUUAAAUUUCCUGUAAAGUAAUUCAAUUCUGAAGAGGCUGGCUUUAAGUAAUCAAAUCAGAAUGGCCCUUUUAACACAGCAUCCUGUUUUUACAGUGGCCAGCCAGCAGGACCCAGGCACAAGAGCCCACUCCCCUCUUCAAAAGCAUCACUACCUUCUACCAUGGAGCCCAGGCAGAGCUACCUUGGCUUCUAGCCAUUGAUAACCUUAUUCUCCAUGAGCUUCUGGUUCCAGUUGCUGUUUUACGCUUCGCGAUGCCCCUGAUGUAGGGCCACGUUAUGGGAAAUUAGAAUGGCAGCUAGACAAAUAGGAAGAGCCCUGGUGAAUCCAACUAAAAACUCAUUUGAUAAGACAUUCUGUGGCUGGCCCAGAUACCUAUCGGAAGACUACAAGGAGGUCACUAUCGCAAUAAUGGUAGGGGUCAGGGCCAUAUUUAGGUUCGAUGAGGCCCUAAGCUACUGAAGGUAAUGGGGCCCUUUAUAUGUCCAGCUGUCCUUUGUCAUCAACAAAUUGUUGCUGUUUUGUGUUGAAUAUAUGCUAUACAGUGGUACCUCUGGUUGCGAACGGGAUUCAUUCUGGAGGCCCGCUCGCAACAUGAAAAGAGCGCAACCUGAAGCACCGUAUCUGCGCAGGUGCGCAGUGCGAUUUGGCGCUUGUGCGCAUGUAUGAAGUGCAAUUUAGCACUUCUGCGCAUGUGCGAGCGGCGAAACCCGGAAGUAACCCUUUCCGGUACUUCCCGGUCGCUGCGGGACGUAACUUGAAAGAACGUAACAUGAAGCAAACGUAACAUGAGGUAUGACUGUAUGGUAAUUUACGGACCUAAUAGGUAUCUAAAACCAUUUGCACAUAACAAAAUAUGUAUUUCAUCAAAUUAAUUGUUGAACUGAAAUACAAUUAAGAAGAAGCAUAUUAACAGUGAAAUAAUGAUUAAGCUCUAACUUAAAAUGACCAGGUGCCCAUUACUUACAUCAUAGGAGCCCCCACAAAACACUGUAUGUAGGUUUUAUUUUAUUUGUUUUGUAUCUUAUAUUUUGGAAAUGUAUAUGCAGUUUUUUCCUCUUUACAUUUUUUUGGGGCCCCCAAGAGAGUGGGGCCCUAAGCGAUAGCUUGUUUAGCUUAUACGUAAAUCUGGCAGUGGUAGGGGUUCAGCACCAGAAGUCAGCCAAUGGCUCAGAUCUGAAAAGAAGUCUUCUCCCUCUUGGCACAGAUUCAUAGAAUCUUAAGAGUUGGAAGGGACCCUGAGGGUCAUCUAGUCCAACCCCCUGCAAUGCAGGAAUCUCAGCUAAAGCAUCCAUGACAGGUGGCCACCUGUCAUUUGAAGCCAAUCAGAGUGAAAGGAGGCGAGUUGGUCAUUGAGGAUUGGAUCCUGGAGAAGGUGAGAAGGAAAAACACAAAUGAGUUGUUGCUUUGUGUGCUCCAGAGUUAAGAAUUUAGCCACACUGAAAACACAAGGUGCUUCCAUUUCAGGAGAACGGUGUGCACCUAAAAAAGUAGAUCUAGCUGAAAGGCAACACGUGGAGAUCUGCAUUGACUGGUGCAACACAUCCCUAAUUAUUGUUACUGUAUAAUUAGAUUAUUGCCUAGUCUUAGAAGGCCCUCAAUAAACACACGCGACGUAACUGGCUGUGUUCUUAGAUAAAUAAGGUAUACUAUUAAUUGUAUCAGGGACGCGGGUGGCACUGUGGGUUAAACCACAGAGCCUAGGACUUGCUGAUCAGAAGGUCGUGGAUCAAAUCCCCGCGAUGGGGUGAGCUCCCGUUGCUCGGUCCCUGCUCCUGCCAACCUAGCAGUUCGAAAGCAUGUCACAGUGCAAAUAAAUAAAUAGGUACCGCUCUGGCAGGAAGGUAAAUGGCGUUUCCAUGUGCUGCUCUGGUUCGCCAGAAGCGGCUUAGUCAUGCUAGCCACAUGACCCGGAAGCUGUAUGCCGGCUCCCUUGGCCAAUAAAGCGAGAUGAGCGCCACAACCCCAGAGUCGGUCACGACUGGACCUAAUGGUCAGGGGUCCCUUUACCUUUACCUUUAUUCAUUGUAUCAAAUUGUAAAUUUCAACAGAAGUAACUCAUAAAGUUCAACAAACGAACAAAGCAGAAGACCCAGUGGUCAGAUCAUUCUCCAGUCAGUUCAGGCAUAAGGUCCAUCCGUGUAAUGGUGUCUAUUCCACCUGUCUGUUCAUAAAGUCCACACAAUCCACAUGAAAGGUUGUUACAGUUCCUCAAAAUCCUAUCACAGAGUCUAGACAAGGAUUUCCGGAAUAUUGGCCUUGUUUCGCCAUCCUGGGCUUCAUCAGUAGUUAAAGCACAUAUGUGAUAUUACAAGACAGUGGAUCUUAUGGCAUAGUAGUAGCUGUGGACCACUUUAUGAGUUACUUCUGUUGAAAUUUACAAUUUGAUACAAUGAAUAGUAUACCUUAUUUAUCUAAGAACACAGCCGGUUACGUCUCGUGUGUUUAUUGAGGAUGCUUUACGUGACCAUAGGUUUGUUUGUUGUUGUAAUCCUAGAAGGUUGCAUAAUCUUAGGAGCAGGCCUGACUGUGGCUAUUGUGAAGGGACCCUUCACUUGUGAAUUUGCCAGUACACUCCUGGCUGUGUGAAGAAGACACAGCCAAAUAAAAGUUAAUGGUGGAGGGAGAACAGAACUGGUGGUGUCCCGGCUGGGUCUCCCUGGGCUCUGGAAGCUGCCCGAAAAUGCCAAGUGGUAGUUCUGACCCCAGAAAGAAACACACCUGAGCCACACUUCAUAUUGAUGCUUCUUGCCAGAUAUUUCAGUGCUAUUGCCUGCUGGGUGUCAUGAUCUCCUCUCUAGGCUUCUCCACUGAGCUCUUGUUUUAGUGAACGACCCCUCUUUUCUUCCAACACUUUCCUCUCCCAGAUAUCUGGGGAAGACGAGGAAACAAAACAAGUACGCAUGUUGCAUGGAGGGGAAUCUUGGGGGAUUUUAAUGAAACACGGCAGACCCUUUUGAACUGCUUCUUAGAACUUUGGUUUUCUAUUUUUUUUUUAUAAAAAAAGCAGAAAGAAUACCUGCCCGGUCCAUUUAGGAAAUAUUAGCCUAAGGACCAAAAUAAAAAUAGAAUAAACCUAAAUGGGGACCACCCAUACCUGCUACUGAAUCAGCAUGCGGCUUGGGUUUUCUUCCCCCUUCAGAUCCACGAGAAGGAAGAGGAAGAGCUUAACGAGAAGAGUGAAAAUGACUCUGGUAUUAACGAGGAGCCUCUACUCACAGCAGAUCAGGUACACAAUCUUCCCUUGGCCUUUCCUGUGUAAAAGAUGGGAAAUUCUAAGGCACCUUCUGCCACCCGCUCAGCAAACGUGCUCAGCCUUUACCGAAGAGCGGUGUUUGCCCUUUAGGCAACCCGCUUUCUUUCCAGGCUCAGCAAAUCUGCCUUGAGAAAUUGCUCACAAUGGUGGCUGAAGAGCAGAUGGAGAUUUAUGGGCAUCUCGAAUGCUUUCAGAGGUCAGCUUUGCCAUGCAUCCCCCUACAUUGGCUGCAGAGCAAACAGAAAACAUGUACAGGGUUGUCACCACACGGCUAACCUGUAGUCCCCAGACCAUCUAACAGCUGUCCAAGAUUUCAGAAUAAAACAAACCCCUGUGUUGCAAAGAGAACGUCAGCAAUGUCUAGGCAACAUGAUGACCAUAUACAAACGCAACAGACAAUCUUUAUAGAAUUCCUUCAAAGCAUAACAGUACAAAGACAAGCUGUGAAGCUUUGUGUAUUCAGCAAAUAUGAUGUCCAACACUGAACAGUGAUUCCGGAUAUUGACUGCUGUUUCGUAGAAUUCUUCAUCAGCAUGGUGGGAGGAUAUAGAAUUGCUUCAUUAACUGAAAAUAAAAUUUUACAGACGAUGACCUGCAUGCACAUAUCACUUUACAAAAAUUAUAAACUGUAAUACGUACAUGCUAUAAUAAGAUGGGUUUCACAGCUUGUCUUUCAUCGUACACAGUCUGGUACCUCGCUUCAGUUAAAGAUUUUCAGAGACUUUGAGACUAAAGAUUUCAUUUUGUACUUGUUAAGGCUUGAAGGAAUUCUAUAAAGAUUGUCUAUUGCGUAUGUACAUGGUCAUCGUGUUGCCUAGACAUUGCUGACAAGAUUUCAGAAUGGCAUCUCUUCAUGGAGGUGCUGGAUAUUAAACCUGAGACCUCCUGCAUGCAAAACAACCCUUCUGUAUGUGGCGUGAGAGGGCAUUGUCUUUGCCUCAGGCGGCAAAAUGUCUCGGGUCAUCCCUAGGAGUCCACAAAUCAGGCAAUGGAACAUUUUUAAAAAACAAAAACAAAGGGAAAUUCCAUCCUGCAAUUCUUCCCAGGAAGCCCUGGCUCCUAACGCUGAGAAUCCUCCCUGCUCAAACUAGCCAGUGGUUUUCAACACCACCCCUUUCUCUCAUCCUUCACCCAUCACAGUUUUUGGAGGAAAAAUUCCUCCCCAAAAUCUUUAGAUCUCAUAUCUUCCGCCUGUGGCCUUGGGGGCACUGGAAUAUGGAGAAUGAGAGAGAGCAUGCGUGAAUUACUGUAUUUUUUGCUGUAUAAGACUCACAUUUUUUUUAAAAAAAUAAUAUUUAUUAAGAAUUUUAGAAUUACAGGAAAAACAAAGAGAAAAAGAAGGAAAAAAACAAAGAAAAAAGAAACAGCAAUCAAACAAUACAAAUUAGUAAAAAUCAAAAUCAAAAAACAACAACAAAACACAUAACACAUCACAAUCAAGAAACAAAAAUAAACCACAAAAUUUUUAAAAAACAAAUCCAAUAUUCUCAAAUCCUUAACUGUCGUUACCUUAUUUCAUCGACCUCCUCACUCCUCCCUUUUUUGUAUUCUAGUUAUUAAUUAUCACAGCAAAUCCUUUUCCAUUUUUCAUAAUAUUCUGUCAUUAAAUUACCUUAAUCUAUUUUAACCUCAUCUUACUAUAAAAAAACCCUAAAACUUAAAACUUAGAUCUUAUUUAUACCAAUUUCUCAUAACCAUAGCAUAUUCUUACAUAGUUCUUUUAACAUUUCUGCUAAAGCCAAAUAAUUUCGUUCCAACAUUUUUCUAACAUUCAUCAAUUUUACAGAACAAUCCUAAUAAAUUUUUUAAAGACUUUCUUCCAAUCUUCAUCCAACGUCUCUUCCUCCUGGUCCUGGGUUUUGUCAGUCCUUUCUAUCCCAUCCAUCUAGUUCAUUAACCUGGUAAUCUUAUAUCCGAGGCUCUUAAGUCUCUUCCAUGUCCCUUCCGCAGAUCUUCUUCAUAUUUAUACCUGUACUUUACUUUGUCUCCUGCUCCUUUCACUCGUGGAAACUUCAACUUGACAGUAUUUUUGUCCCUUCUCAACAGAUCAGCCCCUGAUAUAGUCCACACUAAACUCCAUGUGGUAUUUAAAGACAUGUUUCAAGGUCCCUCCAAAGUUAAGGACCCCCACAACUCCAAACAUCUCACGGCCCAUUGCCAGACUUGAAAAGUCAAAACGUCCCUGCAUAGGGGGUCUAUCCAACCCCCCAUUUCCAAACCCAACAAAACUCUAUCUCUCCAAGUCUGGCUUUUUCCAAGUUCAUUUGUCAAAUCCAACAACUCAUGUUCCUGCUGGGCCACUGCUUCCUCCAUCUCUGCCACCCGAGGUCUCGCAACAACCUCCUCCCUCGUCUGAUCUGUCAGAGCACACUCCUGAGUUGGUUCCUGGGUGGGUUCUAUAUAGGUACCCACUACCUGUCCAAAAUUUCUGAUCGCAACAGUCAUCAAGUCCGUCUUCUCAUGUAACUGUUCCAAUAAGGCACUUGUUUUGCAGAAAGCAUGUACCAAAGCUUCUGAAUACAUUGUCAUGCAAGGUCAGAAGUCUGUUCCCACGAUCUUAAUCUGCAGCUGCAAAGCUCCCCGGUUAAAAUUUAAUAACAGUUUCACAGGCUCCCUCUAGGGGAAGAACUUCUAUUUGUAUCCAUCUCUUUUCUUUUUUUUUCUUUCUUUAGAAGGCAGGUCUAACAACAAAGUUUCCUUUUCCAGAUAUUUUGUCAAUAUUUGUUCCUUUAAAAUGCGAAGGGGAACAGUGGAAUCACUAUGUUUCUCUUCUUUUAACUGUCUGUCAAAAACGUUUGUCUAUAGUCAAUGAACUUCCCAAAAAACAUCAAUCCUGACACCCCGCUCCCAGGUUCAAGACGGUGGAAAAUUACUUUUCUUUACACACUCUUCUGCAGGUUUAAACAGUCCGGAACCCCCCCCCUCUUCUCCUGCUUCCGAAGGGGGUUCAACAAUUUUAAAUGAUGAAAGUUAAUCCUUUACAAACAAUUUUCUGAACUCUAGUUUGCCAUGUCUUUGCUUUAAUCUAUCUACAAGAAACGGAAGGCUGACUUCCUGUUUAGACCUUCCCGUUUCGGUGCCAAAUUAAGAAGAAUUUCUUAGUCCAAUUUUCCGUUCUACUCACAAGUCGUUAUUUAAAGUCCAAUUGUCCAAAUUUAACCUACUCACGGGUAGUUGUUUUAUAGCCAAAUUGUCCCAGGAAAAAGGCAGCGCUCUCCGGCAACGGCUGUGCGGCUUCGCUCCACGGAAGAAGCAGCUGACUCUCAGCACCGCGCCACUUGCCCCUCUUCGCUCUGGAGCCCAUAGCUGGGUUCCUUUACGAGUUGGGGGGGCGCGAAAGGUGCCCGCCGAGUCCCAUGGUCACAGGCUUCAUCUGCCUGUGAUUUUUUGAAGGGUCCCCGCUUCGCCGUAGCGGAAAGACCCGUUUUCCGUGGAGCCGGUCCCUCCGGAUCAGAGGGGAUCUGCCAUUACCGAUGGCGCCACCCUGGAAGUGUCAUAUAAGACUCACUUUUUCCCUCCUAAAAAGUAAGGGGAAAUGUGUGUGUGUGUUAUGGAGCGAAUGCAGGCUAUGCAGCUAUCCCAGAAGCCAGAACAGAAAGAGGGAUUGCUGCUUUCAUUGCACAGCGAUCCCUCUUGCUGUUCUGGCUUCUGAGAUUCAGAAUAUUUUUUUUCUUGUUUUCCUCCAAAAACUAGGUGCGUCUUGUGGUCUUGUGCGUCUUAUAGAGCGAAAAAUACGGUAGUAUGUGCGUAGAAACAGCCUCAGCUGCCUGUUGACGCAACAUUGCUAUAGGAUAAAAGGACCAUCUGAACAGCUUCUAAAAAUAAACACGGACCUGAUUGUAGUGUAACGCUGUGUUGUUGGGUAUAUUUUGCCCGGGUAUAAAUGUGACAAUUGAAGUAAAUGCACAAAAAACGGCUUCUGUCUUUUUCUUGGGAGUGCAUGAAUGACACAAUCACUGCCUCUUUCGCCAGCUAACUAGGAAGCUUAUGAGGGGUGUGCCAUCACCCCUCAGGAGCAGAGCGCAUCCUUUGUGUGCAAAAGGUCCUGGGUUCAAACCACGGCAUUUCCAGGUAGGGCUUGGAGAGACCCCUCUCUGAGACCCUGGCUAGCCACUGCCAGUUACUGUAAACCUGGGAUGGAGAGCCUGGGGUCAUCCAGAUGUGGCUGAAUUACAACUCCCAUCAGUUUUGACUAUUGGCCAUGAAGUCUGGGCCAUGUAGCCACAUCUGGAGGACCACAGGUCAGCCCAUUUUAAAAAAAGAAGUUUAAUCAGUCACCGAUCUUUGCUAUUCUUCUAGCUUCCAAGUUCUGUCUUGGGAAGCCUCUAAAUGCUUUCAGCAUGCGGAGUUGAAGAUUCUUGAAGCAGUAGGAGAUGGGAAGGGGCUCUCUCUGUCUGAGACCCCAGAAUAUCACUGCCAGUCAGACCUGGCAAUACUAGAUUAGAUAGACAAAUAGUUUAAUCUCAUAUAAGGCAGCAUUCUUUAUUGCUAACAAACCUCUAAGAGGGGUUGGGUAAGACGCUUUACAGUCAUGGGGUACUGCACAAUGCGGUCUGAUAGAUUUUUUAUUUACUUCAUUCAAGGAUCACAGGGUGGUUUACAAUAUAAAGACACAAAAAUACACAACAUAGUAAGAUUUAGAGUUGGUGCUCAUGCUAGCUGUUAAAUUUCACACCGUCUUUCCCCCACAGAAUCCAUAUACUGUGGUUCAGUGGGAUUCUUGCCUUUGUCUCUAGGGUUUGAGGAGUGAGUGAGUCGGUCAUUAAUAUCGGGAGCUUAUUCCAUACUGAGAGGCUUUCAGCUGCACCUGAGAAUUUCUGUUCGUUACCAUGGCAAUGAUACUCCAUUUAUUGAGCGGCUGCAAUGACCCUCUGUUCCAAGUGGUGUUUUCUGCAAGGAAUGCAAGAGACUUAUUUACUUUUGAAAGAUGGCGGCCUUGAUAAGAAAAAACAAAAACAAGUGAUCGAUGGAGGAGAGCCUUGUUUCUUUUCCAUGGAUCCAUUCCAGCUCUUAACUUUGUUUUAGGAAGGGCAAUGCUGUUAAGAGUGCCAAAAUAUUUGAAGAAGAAAAGCCGUAGAGCGUUUCCCCCUAAAGUCUGGUUGUAAUCCCUGUUGGAUUGCUAUUGGGUCAACCUUGGGAUCCAACCACCAGACACGUAGGUGUCAAGAGACAUCCCGCAGGAACAAUUAGGAAGUGCACUGGGAAUUGGCAGGUAGCCAAGUAAUGGCCGCUAACUGGAAAUCUUCCAAACCAUUUGAUAGAUAGCAAUGGUGUAGUAAUAUUUGGGAGAGACUAUGCCUAACAACAAUCGCACAUCAUAAAAGAAGGAAGAAGGGCAAGCAGCCAAUACAGUUUGCAUUAUACAUUUCAAGCCCUAUGAUACUGCUUUAAAGAGGCAUGGCUUCCCACAAGGAAUCCUGGGAAGUGUAGAUUGUUAAGGGCACUGAGAGUUGUUAGGAGACCCCUAUGCUCCCAGAGCUGCAAUUCUCAGAGUGGUGUAACACUCAAUCCCUCUUCCCAGAGAAGCAGAAAGAUGAACACAAUAACAACCCACGUGUGGGUAAUGAAUUUUGUGCAAAUAGUUAUCUCAUCAUGUCAAAGCAUGCUUCUUGUUUUAAAAUAUUGGCAGCACGGUGCUCAUCAAGGAUAUUGCAUAUUUCCUAAAGUGUAUCAGGGUGACUUGUAUCUUGCUUAUCUCUGUAAGGAUUUGUGGUCUGGAGGGAAGCUGGAGUGGAAAGGUCAACAAAGAGUAGCUCGGACAAAGGAUCCAGGCUAGAAGAGGGCCUGGGGUAGAACCCUAUUGGUUCCUUGUGUCACCUGAUUCCUCUUGACUCGGUAGCUGCAAUACCACCUUCUGGCCAUGUGAAAUGGUGCCACUGCAGCACACUAGAGGGCAGCCUAUCAGCAAGCAGCUUCAAGGAUGGGGGUAGGGCUGAUGGAGUUGUUGUCCAGCCACAUGUGGAGGCAGCCUGGUUGGCAAAGUCUGAUGUGGAAUGCUAGGUUCCUCCAUGGCUCAGUACCCAAAUACGCAUUGAAGUCUGCUCCUUAAUAGUCACUCAGUGGCUUUUAGAAUUGUGUACUAUGCCUUAACACAUCUGGGUUAUUUUGAGAUGACUGGAUUGUCCCUAAGCAUGUCCAUGAUUCCCAGUUUCUCUUGGGCGUGCUCUCACUUUUCCUCCAUGUUCUCCCUCCAUUUUAUCAUCACAACCUGUGAGGUAGGGCAUGUUAUGUUCAGAGAUUGUGACUGAAGGUGAGCCAAAGACGAUUUUGAAUUUUUUUUUUUUUGGGGGGGGGGUAUUUUCAAUCUCUUAGAUUGUAAACUUAUAAAGUGUAAAAGACCUUGAGUGUUUUGAGCAGGAAGGUGGCAUACAAGUGUAGCAAAUACAGUAAAUGUGUUUGGACAUGGUUGUUUAUUGCAUCUGUGUGUGUUCACGCUGUGACCUAGAUGAUUCAACUUUCAUCAACGGUAUUUAAAGUGCCUUAAUAAUAAUAAAAAAUGAAUGGCCCCUAUAAGGUACAUUUGCCUAAACUACCCAACAGGUACACUGAAGAAAAUGUAUUCUUGCCGAGAAAUUUAAACAUCAGCUAACAUUCCAUUUUGUCUUGGAAGAAAAUAAAUAAUACACAGCAUUUUCAUAAUGAAAUUUAAUGUCUUUCUUUCUUUCUUUCUUUCUUUCUUUCUUUCUUUCUUUCUUUCUUUCUUUAUGCACUGAAGCCAAACAUAAUUCUUAAGCAGUUAGUUCUUUUUGCAGGUGAUUGAAGAAAUCGAGGAGAUGAUGGAGAAUUCACCAGACCCUGAAGAGGAAGAAGAUAUUUUGGAGGAAGACGAUGGUGGAGAGACCAGCAGCCAGGCCGACUCUGUCCUUCUACAAGAGAUGCAGGCGCUGACACAGACCCUGAACAACAACUGGUCCUAUGAAGGUGAGGACAUUUGGGUCUGGGCUAUAAGGUCCAUGGAGGAAGAUCUGCUGCUUUCUUAGGGACAAACUACACGGCACAUUAGCUACUAAUCUGUACCUUUAAGUCUAGGGUUUCUUUACACAAAUCCCGACCUUUAUCACUUUAUCCACGACAAUGGUCCCAAUCUGGAUGCUGCCCCCACCUGGAAUUUGCAAGGGGGGGGGAGAGAAACUCUCACCCAUAUGAUACACCAUAAAGCAUUCUUUAACCACUUUAAAUAGCCAUGGCUUCCUUCAGUGAAUACUGGGAACUGCAGUUAAGGGUGCUGACCUUACAUACCUACAAUUCCCAGCACCCUUAACAAACUAUAACAUGGUAAAAGAGUGCUUUCAACGUAUGUUGCAUCUGUGACCUCCAUGAGGCAUCUACAGGAGAUCUGAUCACAGAUCCCCAACGUCUUGUCUCCUUUGACCUUACUGUAAGAUUGCCUCCAAGUCUCCACUGGUGUUUCACUUGCAGCACAGACCUUUGAAGAGGAACAUAGGAAACUGCCAUGUUGUAGACUGUAGUUUGUCUGGUUCCGUAUUUCUGUGCUGGCAGCAGCUCUCUGGGGUUUCAGGCAGGGAGACAUUUCCAUCCCUACCUAGCGAUGCCAGGGAUCAAACCUGGGAGCUCCUGAAGGUGAAGUAGAUGCUGUCUACUGCUGAGCUGUAACUUGAGUGACAGUGAGGCCUGGUGCAGCCAGAGCCAAUGAUAGGUAAAGUAAAGGUAAAGGGACCCCUGACCAUUAGGUCCAGUUGUGACCAACUCUGGGGUUGCAGCGCUCAUCUCGCUUUAUUGGCCAAGGGAGCCGGCGUACAGCUUCCGGGUCAUGUGGCCAGCAUGACUAAGCCACUUCUGGCGAACCAGAGCAGCACACGGAAACGCCUUUUACCUUCCCCCCAGAGUGGUACCUAUUUAUCUGCUUGCACGUUGACAUGCUUUCGAACUGCUAGGUUGGCAGGAGCAGGGACUGAGCAACGGGAGCUCACCCCGUUGCGGGGAUUCGAACCGCCGACCUUCUGAUCGGCAAGUCCUAGGCUCUGUGAUUUAACCCACAGCGCCACCCACAUCCCUCCAAUGAUAGGUAGAGCCAAUGAUAGGUAGAGCCAACUAAUUCUGGUUUUGUCUCCACCUCCCUUCCUCCCAAGUUCUUCAAGGGCAACAAGGAGGAGGAUGCUGAAAACCAAUGCCACAUCCCAACUGUUUGUAAGUGCUUGGAGGGCAGUGUUCCCCUCUCCCCAAUGGACAAGCCUUCACUGCAAUGAGCAACACUCAGUAAUGCAUUCCACUGAUCUGGAUGCUGAUUCUUUUCCCCUGUUCACUGCAAAGCGGUGGGGUGUCCUCAUGACAGCUCCGUUCUUGUGGAAUAUAGCAGAACUGCAUACAGGUGAUGAUGUGUUUCUUUUUAUCAUCAGUAUGCAGAUGACACCCAGCUCUACCUCUCUUUUAAAUCAGAACCAGUGAAGGCAGUGAAUGUCCUGUGUGAGUGUUUGGAGGCGGUUGGAGGAUGGAUGGCGGCUAACAGAUUGAGGUUGAAUCCUGACAUGACAGUAGUACUGUUUUGGGGGGACAGGGGGCAGGUGGGUAUGGAGGACUCCCUGGUCCUGAAUGGGGUAACUGUGCCCCUGAAGGACCAGGUGCGCAGCCUAGGAGUCAUUUUGGACUUGCAGCUGUCCAUGGAGGCACAGGUCCAUUCUGUGUCCAGGGCAGCUGUCUACCAGCUCCAUCUGGUAUGCAGGCUGAGACCCUAUCUGACUGCAGACUGUCUCACCAGAGUGGUGCAUGCUCUAGUUAUCUCCUGCUUAAACUACUGCAAUGCAAUCUAUGUGGGGCUACCUUUGAAGGUGACCCAGAAACUGUAAUUAAUCCAGAAUGCGGCAGCUAGACUGGUGACUGGGAGUGGAAGCCGGGACCAUAUAACGCUGGUCCUGAAAGACCUACAUUGGCUCCCAGUACGUUUCUGAGCACAAUUCAAAGUGUUGGUGCUGACCUUUAAAGCCUUCUGGCGGUUCCCUUGUUGCGAGAAGUGAGGUUAAAGGGAACCAGACAGAGGGCUUUAUCGGUAGUGGCACCCGCCCUGUGUCAUGCCCUCCCAUCAGAUGUCAAGGAAAUAAGCAGCUAUCUUAUCUUUAGAAGACAUCAGAAGGCAGCCCUGUUUAGGGAAGUUUAUAAUAUUUAAUUCUGUAUUGUUUUUAACACUCGAUUGGGAGCUGCCCAGAGUGGCUGGGGAAACUCAGCCAGAUGGGCGGGAUAUAAAUAAUAAAUUAUUAUUAUCAUUAUUAUUUAGCAUGAGCUCAAAAUGUCCAGUUUAUGCUAUGCUUUAACACUGGUUUAUUUAUUUGUAGGCUACCCCAUCUUUAGAGCCUGGGGUGAGUUACAGUUUUUCAAAACAAGCAAUAAAGCAAAUGAAGAUGGGCACAAAAUGCCCUGUUGAGUACAUAAAACCACAUGACAAAGCACCCAAACUUAACCCUGGGUGCUAAAAGCCCAGCUAAUUAAAAAUGACGAAGAAGAAAAUGUGUUGCAAUGAUUCUGAAAUCGGUCUGGCCUUGGGUUGCAGUAGGUUUGUGGAAGGGAGCCUAGCCACUAACUCAUCUCCCGGGAUACAUAAGCACAUUUUAAAACAUUGGGGGUCGUGCUUUUCCAGAACAUCCUCCUUUCCCUUUUCACAUGUAGACGGUUUGAGUGGGUACAUUGCAUCUGCAUGCUCCAAACACACAACUUAAUUUCCAGAUCUGGACAGAUUUGGUACCUGUUUUCUGUAGCAUUGGGCAACAGUGGCGCCCUGGACCUGUUGUUCAGGGCUUUGUAAAUUAAUAUAAGGUUUGCUGAAGGACAAGAAAUCUUGGGGGGGGGGGGCCUUCAUAGGGUGGGGAACCCCCGAAACAGUCCAACGUGGCCUAAAGCAUGUUCAGUGGGCAUGGAAUGUGGAUUGACUGAUAGGGUGGGGUGGAGACAGAAAACCAGACAGGAGGGGAAAUUGAAUGGAGUCUCUGGAAGAGGGAAUGGCUGGCUGGCUCCCUUCAGCGCUGAACAAGAGCACUCUGCACACCUGGCAAUGUUUUGUUGCAGGCACAUGUUUUAGUCUAAUUACGGUAAAACCAGCUUCAGAAUACCACCCUGCAUAGGGCUGCAAUGUAUAAUGGAUUGCUUCAAGUCAUCUAUCCCAAAAGCUUUUAAGCAACUUAAAAAGGAACCUCCAAUUUAUCAUGCCACAUGUUUUGGGGUUGCUGUUUUAUUAUUGAAAAACGAGCAUUUUUUAUAAUGUAAGUUGUUACAAAAACUCCAGGUGGCAUGCACCGUGUUGUUUUUCCGCAUGGGUGGGAGAGAAUGCCUCUUAGAGGAUGAUGUCGCCCUACUACAACACAUGUGGUCAACAGUAUCAAAAGCCACUGGGAGUUCGAGGCGAAUGAGCAGGAUCAUGCUCCCUUAUCUCUCAAAUGUAAUCAACAUGGGCAGCCAAGGCAAUUUCAGUGCCAUGACCAGGCCAGAACAAAUUGAAAUAAUCAGUUUCCUCCAGGCAUGCUUAAAGCUGGACUGCUACCACCUUCUCAUGCACCUUGCCUGAAAAGGGGAUAUUCACCAUUGGCCAAUAGUUGCUUUGCACUUCUGGGUCCAGGGAGGUUUUCUUAAGGAGUGGGUGCAUCACUGCCUCAUUCAAGGCAGAUAGCACACACCUCUUCUCCAGUGAAGCAUUGGUCAUUCUCUGAAGCAAUUGAUUAAAAUUUUCUUUAAUCAGGUUGCAGCCCUGCUUCUGCAGCCCUAAAAUGCAAAAUAAUGAGGGCUGCAUUAAUUAGUUACAGUGCAACACUGCACAUGUCGACUUAGGAGUAAGUCCCAGUGUGUUAAAUGGGUAAAGGAUUGCAGCCUUAGAUGGACUAGGUAAUUUUUUGAUUGACUAAGUGGAGCAGUUGAUUAAAUUUAUUUUUUAAAAAUUAAUUAUGUCUAAAAACUGUAGGUGAUGCCCCUUCACAGAUGUUGCCUGCUGUGUAUGCUUUUCCUCCAUCAGAAGUAUUCUUUUUUCCAUAUUCACAUAUUUAUUAAUAUCCAUUAAUUUACUAAAAUUCCUAGAACGAGACUGCAAUCCUAUACACACUUAUCUGGGGAUAAGUUCCACUAAGCUCAGUAAGGCUUCCUUCUGAGUUGACAUGCAUUUUUUUUUGAGUGACAGCCCUAGAAAUAACGCUUUGCAUUAGUAAUGCUUAGCAUUUAUAACGGUAUGCAUUUAUAUAGUGCUUUGUGAGUGUUCAGAUUAACACUUAGCUUUUAUAUAGCGCUUUGUGGGUGUUCAAAAUAAUGCUUAGCACUUAUGUGGCGCUUUCUGAAUGUCCAAAUGGCGACUGUCUCAGUACAUCCUUAUUACUUCCUUUGACAAUGCAGCCCACUGAUGUGCUAAGUUGCUUAAACAUGCAUGUCUGCCUCUUUCCAUCCUUCGAAGGCUUGAAGCACAUGUCCGUCUCAGAGCUUUCAGAGCUCCUGGAUCGCGUAGAAGUUGCUAUCCGGGACUACUCCGAAGAACUGGUCCAGCAGCUGGCUCGCCGGGAUGAGCUGGAGUUUGAGAAGGAGGUGAAGAACUCCUUCAUCACGGUGCUGAUUGAGGUCCAGAACAAGCAGAAAGAGCACAGAGAGGUGAUGAAGCGAAGGCGGAAAGAGAAAGGGCUGAGCCUACAGAGCAGCCGAAUAGAAAGGGCAAGCCAGAUGCCUCUCAAGGUGGGCAAGGAAUGAAAAACAAUGGUUUAAGAUGGAGACAGGCAACAUCUGGUCUGUUGAGGAGGGCAACAUCUCAAGGGUUGAUGGUGGGCAGGUUAGGGUAAGGUGCGAGGUGAGGAUAUUUAUAGUAAGAGUAAUAAAAAGAAAUUGUUAUUUAGGGGAAUUGAAUUUAAUUCUAAAUUAUAUUUUGGAAAUGUGGGAGAUUUCAAGGGGUCAAAAAAAAUGGAUGUACCAUGCUAUAUUAGAAGCCAAAAAACUUGUUUUGAUGAAUUGGAAGAGCCGCAAAAAGAUUCCAUUGAGCACAUGGAUUGAUAAUAUGGACAGAUUAGCUACAUAUGAACAAAUUGCAUGUUGACGCAGAUUAAGAAUGGAUAAAUAUGAAGGAAUCUGGAAUGAAUAUUUAAGCGAUAAGGCGGAUAGUGGUGGGAAGUGGGGGGAGGAGAGAGAGGUGGGAAAAUAUUGUUAAAAGGGUGCAGUCAUAGGUAUAUUAGUGUAUUUAAACCUGAAUUGUUGAAUUGUGUUAUUAUUGUUAUUAUGGUUGCCCCUCCAGCAGAUAUCAUGCACAUGCAGCCCACUACCAAAAUCAGCACAAUCACUUUUGUGACUUUUGUGAUUUGUCCCCACAAAACACUUCACUACAGUUUCUUCCUAUCUAUUCAAAGGGCCUUUGCUGCAUGAUACCAAAUGUAAGAAUUCACUGAUAAAUGUACCGUAUUUUUCGCCCCAUAGGGCGCACCGGCCCAUAGGGCGCACCUAGUUUUUUUGGGGGGGAAAUAAAGAAAAAAAAUUAUUCCCCCCCCCAGGUGCGGGGCUGGGGCGGGGGAAGCCCGAGCUUCCCCCAACCCCAGCCCCCAGAACAGGCUGCUAUCCGCAAGCCGUGGGAGAGCUGCACGAAGUGCGCACCAACCCCUCUCGCUCUCCAGGCUUCAGCGAAAGCCUGCAUUCACCCCGUAGGACGCACACACAUUUCCCCUUCAUUUUUGGAGGGGAAAAAGUGCGUCCUAUAGGGCGAAAAAUACGGUAUCUAUGUACUGGCUCACUGGGAAAACUUCAGAAAUUCAUAUAAACAUGUGAGCUCAGCUACUCAGCAGCCCCUCUGCCUGGGCGAUAAUUCCUGGCAUCCUGAUACCUGAGUGCCAGACAGGUAGCCAUUCCAGAAAUAACAAUCCCAGAUGAAGACAAAAGCGUGAGAUUAACUUGGCUGGGAAAACAGGGAAAUGUAAAUAUCUUUUUUGUUACACUUGAUGGGUGUUUGGUGGAGGGCAAGGAGAACCAUGGGGCAGGGUCUAGGAUGCUCAGAUGACUGCCACCAGACCUCCCCUUUCAUGAUGUAAGCAUGAUGUAUUAGUGAUGUAAUUUGGGGGGGGGUGUAACAUGGGGAUUAGCAGCUAAUAAAAGUUUGGGUGCUCUUUUGUUCGGGGCUUCCAUCUUGUUCCACCUUGUGGCAGGUGGGAGUCCUGUCGUGACAGUCUUCAAUAAAGACCAAGCCUACUGGCUGCUGUUUUGCUCUGGUAUUCCUGGCUGGUGUCCUUGUUUUUUGUCCAAGGGAGCCCUCAGAUUUCUCCGUUAACAUGUGUAACUGUUUUUUCCUCAUUGGUUUAUUCCUUUUAUAAACUUGCUUUGAGGAUUUUCACAAUCAAAUUUUAUGAAAUAGAAGUAAGGGAAAUACAUCCUGUCGUAGAAACUUAUGGGCAAAUCCUAAUGUGCUCUGUUUUCUCUUCUCUGUAGCGAUUCAGCAUGGAAGGCAUCUCAAACAUUCUGCAGACUAGUAUCCGGCAGACAUUUGGGAACUCGGCAAAUGAUAAACAGGUGAGUUCCUCUUCUGAGGAAACGAGACUAUUUAUUUAUAUCCGAAAGCAUUUCUCAAUUGCUUUAUAUUUUUAAAAAAUACAUCUAAAAAGCGAAUGGAAUGGCUGGAAUCUAAAGCAGCAGCCCUCACAUUGCAACACUUAGUGCAUUAUCAAGCAUGUUAUCCCGAAAAAGCAUCUUAAAAAGCAGAGACAUCACCUUGCCAACAAAGGUCCGUAUAGUUAAAGCUAUGGUUUCCCCAGUAGUGAUGUAUGGAAGUGAGAGCUGGACCAUAAAGAAGGCUGAUCGCCGAAGAAUUGAUCCUUUUGAAUUAUGGUGCUGGAGGAGACUCUUGAGAGUCCCAUGGACUGCAAGAAGAUCAAACCUAUCCAUUCUGAAGGAAAUCAGCCCUGAGUGCUCACUGGAAGGACAGAUAGUGAAGCCGAGGCUCUAAUACUCUGGCCACCUCAUGAGAAGAGAAGACUCCCUGGAAAAGACCCUGAUGUUGGGAAAGAUGGAGGGCACAAGGAGAAGGGGACGACAGAGGGCGAGAUGGUUGGACAGUGUUCUUGAAGCUACCAGCAUGAGUCUGACCAAAUUGCGGGAGGCAGUGGAAGACAGGUGUGCCUGGUGUGCUCUGGUCCAGGGGGUCACAAAGAGUCGGACACGACUAAACGACUAAACAACAACAACAAUCCCGAAAAAUGUGUGAUUGUUCAUGGGGGUGCAAGAAUAUUUGCUGUGGAGGAUUGGCAGACAGGAAAGUGAUGCUUUAUCUUCCCCAUGCCAGAUAAUUGAAGUGUAAUGCCAUGUAUUGUUUUAAAGAAGCCUUAACAUUUUUAAAGUGAAAGUUUGCUGACUAAAGAUGCCCUGCUGUACCAUUUGUGUUUUUCAUCAGUUUGCAACAUGUUUAUUUUGAGAACCGGCAGCAUUUCUCUCUGACCUAUGAAUUCGUUGAUGCUUGAAGCGUCAAUCAAUUAAAAUGGGUAUCAUGACUCAGCCAAAGCUUUAGAAGACUAAAAUGUGUGCCAUGGUUACCUUUUGGCUGUUGAAAGCCCUGCUGUUGAUGGGCUGACCUGAUCCUUCCUGGACUCAGUGGCGCCAUUGGGGCAGGAUUUGGGGGCAGAUGUCAAGGGCAUCUGAGCAGAAUGAGGAGGGAGGGUCCUCAGACACACAAAGGCUGGAUUACAACAUUGUGAAGGAAAUCGCAGAGCGGGACCCCUUGUACGUUUCCGAGCACAAUUCAGUGUUGGUGCUGACCUUUAAAGCCCUAAACGGCCUCAGUCCAGUAUACCUAAAGGAGUGUCUCCACCCCCAUCGUUCAGCCCAGACACUGAGGUCCAGCUCUGAGGGCCUUCUGGCGGUUCCCCCGCUGUGAGAAGUGCAGCUACAGGGAACCAGGCAGGGGGCCUUCUUGGUAGUGGCACCUGCCCUGUGGAACACCCUCCCAUCAGAUGUCAAGGGAAUAAACAACUAUCUGACUUUUAGAAGACAUCUGAAGGCAGCCCUGUUUAGGGAAGUUUUCAAUGUCUGAUGUUUUAUUGCUUUUUUAUUAUUAUCAUUAAUUCUGUUGAGAGCUGCCCAGAUGGGCGGGGUAGAAAUUAAUAAUAAUAAUAAUAAUAAUAAUAAUAAUAAUAAUAAUAAUAAUUACCAUUAUGUCCCAAGUGCACUACUGCCUGGACUCCACAAAUGCUAACAACCUUGUGUUUGAAAUCUUCGUUGAGGCAUUCCAGCUUGGGAACAGGACAACUUGAAAGACCAUCUCACCUCUUAUAUACCCAAUCCAUCACUGUGCUUUUCAAGUGAGCGUCUGCUGCCGAUACCAUCUUAUCAGGAGGGCCCUUGCACACCAUAUAGGAAUUGGGCCUUUAGUGUUGCAGCACCCAGCCUUUGGGAUCCCCUCCCAUUAAAUAUUAUACAGGUGCCACUUCCAAAGGCUUUUCUCUUCCAACAAGCCUUUGAAACAGAGCUCUUUCCCAACUCACAUCUGCAUGAGAGAUGCUUUAAGAUAUGUCUUAAAGAAUACAUUGUUAUUCUUUGUCGCCUGCUGUUUGCCAUCCUGUGUUCCUUUGGAUGAAAGGAGGGGAUAUAAAUGUAAUAAAUUAAAUGUAUGAAGAGCCUUCUGAUCCAGCAAUCUGUGGUCAACUAAGGCCAGAAAGAUGUUUCUUUCUGGUAGAUGCCUCUGAUUUCUGUCCCUCUUGGAAAGAGGAUUACUAACUGCCAGUAUCAUUCCUUUCUAGUAUUUGAACACCGUUAUUCCCUACGAGAAGAAAGGGUAUCCUCCUUCAGUUGAAGACUUACAAAUGCUCACAAACAGUAAGUUCCUAGUCUGUCAUGUUGGAUGCAUCUAAACACAACUUUAAGGUCACAUGGGUCUUCUUUGGGCCAAAAGUAACCACUGAGCCUCUUGGGCUUGCUGAUUGGAAGGUCUACAGUUCGAAUCCCUGCGAUGGGGUGAGCUCCCGUUGCUCUGUCCCAGUUCCUGCCAACCUAGCAGUUUGAAAGCAUACCAGUGUGAGUAGAUAAAUAGGUAUCGCUGUGGUGGGAAGGUAAAUGGCAUUUCCGUGUCCUCUGGCUUUCAUCGCGGUGUCCCGUUGUGCCAGAAGCGGUUUAGUCCUGCUGGCCACAUGACCCGGAAAGCUGUCUGUGGACAAACGCCAGCUCCCUCGGCCUGUCCUCAUGAGCUGGAGGGGCAGCAGGGCUUUGCUGAGCUGCUUAGUCUCACUGCCUAACAGCUGUUGUGCGGGGUAGCGCAGCAGUAGGUGCUGCUUCCCAGCACAUCAGCUGAGUGAGCUCUGCUGUCCUUCCAGCUUGCAUGGAGACCCUGCCCAGAGCCUCAAGAGAUCCUUCGCAUAGUUCAUCAAUUUUGUCUGCCACUCUUCUUUGGUCAUAGUUGUACCAUCUUUCCAUUUCUGGGCUAACAGAGUCUGCGCAGCUGUAGGUCGUGUACAUAAAUAGUUUCAUCUGGUCCUUUGGGAUCUCUGGUCCUAUAAUACGUAAAAGAAAAGCUUCUGGUUUCCAUCAGUGCCUCCGAUCACAUGGGCUGCCCACCUAAGACCUUUCUCCUCUAGUGUAAGGAGGGCAGCAGGGCUGAGUGACAGGGAUACUACGGAGAAGGCAUGGCUUAAGUGAGUGUGGCCCUGCUUUUCCCCUUAUGCAAUUCUAAUAAUGCUGUGUUUGUAUGUGAAAAUACCUGUGUAGGGGCUUAAGAGACAGGCAUAUAAAUUGUGCCUGGAGCCAUCUGGUUUGAAUCUAGGUGCUCAAUUUUCUCAGGUUAGUUUUCUGUCAAGACAGUUGUUCAUUUGCUUUUUGAAAAUUCUACAUGUUCUUGAAAAUUCAUUUUUCUCUGUGUUUGUAUUAUCAAAUCAUUUGCACAUCUCUCUUUUUCUGGGCUGCUACUUACCACCCAAGCUUCUGUCCACCCCACCCCACCCCCAAGAAAAAUAGCAUGUUCUAGAAUACUUUGCAAGCUUCAAAAGCUAUUUCAUAAACAUCCGAAUUCUUCGGCUAGUGGAUUUAGCCUCUAACUCUGACUGAACAAUUUGUGGAACAAAAAUGGAAAGGUUGAGAUGUUGUGACAGGCCCUUGUGCAUUCUGGGAGAAUCAUUCGUCUCCUUUUGAGUCUCCAUGGCAACUGUGUUUUGAACUGACUGGAACAAACACAGCCUUAGUUCUCUUGAAAAGAGCAAAGUCCUAUGAAUGGCAGUUUUGUGCACAGAGAGAGUUUUGUGCAAGUGACAAUUUGUAUCUUGAGGCGAAGCCUUGGCAGAGAGGUUACCAGGGAUAAAUCUGUGGUCUCCCCCCCUCCAAUUAACUGGUGCGCAAAGCAGCAUUGGACUGUGAUGCAAACAUAGGAUUUAUUUAGAUGAGAUCAGUUACUGGUCUGGAAGAAAUGCCCCUGAAUAACAUUGAAAGACCAACCAACCUCUCCAAACACAAGCUCUUAGAUUGUUGGUAUCUAAGUUGCUACCAACAGAGCAUGAGAUGCCAUGACUGACAUCUGACAUGUAUGUUUUACUUUUCCUUCAUUCUGGAUAGGGAUUGGCAAUUCUGCCUAUUUCCAGUGCGUGUUGCUUUUCACGUGUUUUUACCCAUCGUUUUAUUCCUUUUCCUUUCCACGUUAAUCUGAAAAUUAUAAAGAACAACAAAUAUUAAAACACAUAUUCACUUGCAUAUUUCAAUGCGUAUUUCCUCUCAAAAUACAUAUUGAAAUAGACGUUUCCUCUCAAAAUAGCCGUUCAAUCGUGUUUUAAUAGGUUUGAACUUUCAAGAACUGUGUUACAGCUAGGGAUGAGCAAAUCGGUCAGCUGAAGUUUCUCUCAGGUUUUUUAAAAUUAUUUCUCCAAUCUUAUUCGGUUCUCAUUUCCACAUCUGUCUGUGAAUUCCUUUUAAAAUCUGCAUGAAAAUUCACCAGCAUUUUAGUGCAAAGUUCUCCAAACAUAUCCAUUUUUGUAUGCAAUUAUGCCUGAUGUGGGACAUGGGUGGUGCUGUGGGUUAAACCACAGAGCCUAGGACUUGCCGAUCAGAAGGUCGGCGGUUCGAAUCCCCGUGAUGGGGUGAGCUCCCGUUGCUUGGUCCCUGCUCCUGUCAACCUAGCAGUUUGAAAGCACGUCAAGUGCAAGUAUAUAAAUAGGUACAGCUCUGGCGGGAAGGUAAACGGCAUUUCUGUGCGCUGCUCUGUUUCGCCAGAAGCGGCUUAGUCAUGCUGGCCACAUGACCCGGAAGCUGUACGCUGGCUCCCUCGGCCAAUAAAGCGAGAUGAGCGUGCAACCCCAGAGUCGGUCACGACUGGACAUAAUGGUCAGGGGUCCCUUUACCUUUAUGCCUGAUGUGCACAAUUUUGCAAAGGAGUUUCUACUAAUAUAAUGCAUUUUUGUAUUUUAUUUUCACUAUUUUAUAAAUGCAUAUUUUUAAAUGCACAUUUUGUCUGCAUAUAUGCAUUUUUUGUACACAUUGCUUGGCUGAAAACCGCAUUGAAAUAUUUUGCACAUUUACAAUAAUGACUGUGUUUUCAGUUCACAUAUUGUUUUGGAAACUUCAAAUUAGGUAGAUUCACCUUUGAAUGCAAACUGCAUUGAAUUUCUCCCCCCCCCCCAUCCCUCAUCACAACAUUUGAGAAGUGCAAAAUCUAUAACACAGCUAACUUCUAACCUGCACAUUAGUCCAAGAGGUGAGCGUAUGAAGAGUCUUUCUGGAGCAAGACAAUUUAUAUGAGAAUUUGUAGAAACUGUAUUUCUCAAAAUUCUCUAAUUUUGGACUGAUUUCCUACCCACCGGUGUUGCUCUUAAAAGCUCAUUCACAUGUCUUAGAAAGCAGCGAAAUCUCACCAAGGACUGAAUUUAACUGCUAUGCUAAGUAAGCCAUUAAUAGGAUUGUCAGUUUUCCGCAUUGUACAGGACAUCUGUCCCUUCAUUAGCUAGGAUCAAUAUAUAGCUGCGUACACAGCAUAAAACACAUUUAAAGCACAUGACUCUCCAGGUUGAUACGGAAGUGAGCCACCCUUCAGCAUGAGCUACUAAUUAUUAUUUUCAACAAUUUCUCCCCGCAGUUCUUUUUGCAAUGAAGGAGGACAACGAAAAGGUCCCAACGUUGCUAACUGACUACAUUUUAAAAGGUAAGCGUCGGCAGCAGCAUCUUAUACUGAGACAGAGGUCAUUGGUCCAUUUGAACCAAUAUUGCCUGUUCUGACUGGCAGCAGCUCUCAAAAGUGUCUCAGGCCCAGAGAGAUCUUUCUCCCCAUCUGUUCCUUGCUAUUUUAAACUGGAGAGGCCAGGAACUGAACCAGGGACCUUUUGUGAGCUAUGGCUCCCUCCUUAACAAUCAAGGACAGAAUAACCUGCUUAUACCAGCUUAGACCAUUGAUCUAUAUGGUCUAGUAUGGUCUACUCCAGGCAAUCCCAAACUCGGCCCUCCAGAUGUUUUGGGACUACAACUCCCAUCAUCCCUAGCCUACAGGACCAGUGGUCAGGGGUGAUGGGAACUGUAGUCCCAAAACAUCUGGAGGGCCGAGUCUGGGGAUGCCUGGUCUACUCUGAAUCCAACAACUGCCUGCAUUCUGAGGUCAAGAUCUCUCCCAGGCUUGCAACCUGAAUUCUUUUAACUGGGGAUACCGGAGUGGCAAGACCAGUCAUUCCAACCCAAUAAGUUUCUGAGAGAUGCUAUUCGCAUUCACAAAAACUGCACUCAUCAUCUCGAAUUUCCCUGUUCUGCAUUGACUUGCUUCUUUCCUUCUUCUUCCAGUUCUCUGUCCUACCUAA